UUUGUUUGUUUGUUUUUUGUUCCUUUUUCUACCGGUAAAUUCCGUAGUGGCGUCUUUUUUUUUUUUUUUUUUUUUUUUUUUUUGCAUUCUUUUUUUAUUUGCAGCACUGGCGGUUCUCGGCCCCCGUAGCGUUACGCUCAGCAAUGCAAUACCUCAGAUACAUUUCAAUAAAUUGUUUUUUUUUCUAGAUGAUUUCUUUCAUCCUUUAUUGCAUUUCAAAUUGUGUACCACACGAGGGCAGCAAAUAGCUAUAGGAGGCGUAAAGGCUAUCAAACCAAAACAAAAUAACAGAUUAGAUUUCUUUUAAAGUGUCCAACUGUGAAUUUUCUGGUCUUUAAGACCAUAGUUUACAUCUUACCGACUUUGUGCUGUUGUCCAGUGCAAAAUGAAGUCCGUGUACUGGGAAGACUUUUGGAGAUGUCAGCUGAAGCCAAAGUAUGUAAACUGUGCAGGUAAUUUAUGGUGGUUUGAGUGAGACACUGGGGUUAGUCAUGCUCUCGCUCCACACUGUGAGGAGGUAUUGACGUGAAUGGAGCGGAGCCUGACGCCGAUCGCCUCUUGAUCCGCUGCUGCUGCAGGAGAGCGGAAAAAAGGGAUCCGGAGACUGGAAAGAGAUCACCGGGGACGAUCGGGGAAAGCAAGAGUUGCACGGAAUUUACUUGUCAAACAUUGCGUUUCUGUGACAUUUCUGCUCGCUGAAGUGGGAGGACGCUUGCAAUUUGUAAUGCUGAAAUAUGAGAAAACGGAACCGGGGCGGGUGAAGGCACAUGGGAGAGGACUGUCUGUGUACUCUGGGCUCUAAGAGGAAAAAAAACACGAUUUGCUUGGAAGUGGAUUUGGCGAAGUGGGAUGAUUACAAAAAGCUGAUCUUCUGCUCCGGGCGAAGCUCUGCACACCUACCACGUUACCCAACCUCAAUGGAUAGAUAGACUCAAGCUGUAGAUCCAGACUGUUGAGGUUUCAUUUAAGUUUGCUGCAGAGUUGGAAGAUCCAACUCUCUUCCAAGGGGGAGAGCCGAUAUUCAGCAUUGUCUCGGCCACUGGAGCCAAAAUGUUGCGGGUGUCGUUGACAGCUUUGAGUCUUUCGUGGACUUUGUUCAUCUGCAACGUGGGCAGAACCUAUGCACAAGAAAGACAGUAAGUAGCUCACGGUUGCAUGCGUUUUCUUUGAAGGCUGGUGAGGUGCUUUAAACCCACAACAAGCACUUCCGAUACUCAAAAACAAGAGUUGUAUGGCAUGAAAGCACCAAUUCAGCUGCAAAGAUUUGAAUAAAAUGGAAAUAAACAUUGAUCAUUCAAUGCAUGAGCAGUUUAAGACAUCAGCUUUCAUACAGGCAGCAUGCAAUGUGAUCAUUAAUUCUUAUAUUCUAUUGCUAAAUGGGGUUUUUGGCCAUUUUAUGUUAUUACCAUAAGUCACACUGUACUACAUCCUUUACUUUUAUGUUCUUUAUGAAUCAUUAAACCUACUAAAAGAUCAUCUGAUAGGUAGCCUGCUCUGUGAUUUUAUUUUGAAAGGCUGUGAGCUGGACUGUGUGCAGCUUUUGGAAUAGUUUUCUCAUGUCAAUUAAGAUAAUGAUAGAUAUUCAAGGUAGAUUUGUGUGCAUGAUAGCAGGCUGUUUCAUUCUGUUUAUCCCUCCACACCCAGAGGCAAAGGAGGUUAAAUUGACUUUUGGCAUUUUGGUGCCAUCAGUCAGACUGCUGUCAGCUGCUUGGGAGCUUAAUCCCGAGCUGAGAGUUGUGAUUAUAACCAUGAGUUGUCAACAGUUCUUCCAGGUAAUCAAGGCAAGAGGGAUCACUAACAAAUGUAGAUGUAUUUUAUCAAGUGUUUAUCAGGUGGGCCAAGGGUGAAAUUUGGACAAAAAGCAAAAGGCUAAAAGCCCAUGUGACUGAACUAAAAAUGAACUGACAGAAGAGAACACAAAUUCUUCUCAGGCUCUGAGCAGCUCUUAGCUGAGGACAAAAGUUGGCGAAAAAACAAUGAGAACUUGAGUACAUCGAGCCAUGUGACUGAAAUAAGCAUGGUCUCCACCACCUGAUCUGGGCUCAUCCAAGAUCUGGUUAAACUCACUGUAGAUCAAACACACAAAGUCAAUUUCCUCGUAUUAUCUUCCUUCUCCUGAAGCCUUAUUUUCCAGGGGAUUUUCUCAUGACUUUCUGUCUCAGGAACUGCAGUUGCCUCCGGCUCAAAUGCUGUAGUGCUGUAAUGCCAACCACCUGAUCCUUCUCUCAGGCAUGCGAUUGGGUUUGUUCUCAAGGCUUUGCUCAGUUCUAAUUUGUGUGAUCUUCAGUUAAGUUAAGGCAGUGAGCAAGCCUAUUUGCCUCAAAAAUAAGAGUUGGAAUGUGUAGGCUGAAACAACCAUCUGAUAUUUGGGUCUGCUUACAGUGGGCAUUUUCUCAUAUCGACACAUCCUUGCAAAUAUGAUUGAGUAAUUGAUACUUAGCUGUUUUAUCGAUCAAUCAUUUUUAUUCAUAUAAAGCCAAAUCACCACAAAUUUAUCCCAAAAUGAAUUUACAUACACACAGGGUUCUGUUUGUUAGAUUUGAAGAUACCAAACAUCAAUCCACCAAUGAGCAAGGACUUGGCAACAAUAGCAAGGACAACUUUUAACAGGCAGAAACCUCAAGCAGGACCAGACUCACUGGUGAAGAGCCACCAGUGACCCACCGGUGACAGCGCCCUUCAGCAGCACCCAUCAUUACUCUCUUGCAACCUGAGAGACAUUGCCCUCUGCACUAGGAGAUACAUUCUUUCAUCCAAAUAAAACUUCAUUUGUUUUUUUCCAGACCUUUGAUAAGCAUCAAAGAAUGACCUUUGCUCUGUGACCUCAAUGACAGGCCCCCUUCCCUCAAUUAAAUGUCAGAGUGACUGCGUGGAAUCUCGGUCGUUAUUUUUCAAAACAGACGCCAAGGUUCUGUCAGAGGUGCCAGACCACCCAAAGAGAACACUCGAGCAGAAAGCUCAUUGGCCAACAGGUACUGUGUCCCUGGUAACCAUUGCAAUUAAACCUGAUCCUGCCACACAAAUCCAUGAGGAAUGUCCCUGUUUGUAUGUGUGUUUUGCUGCGUAUGCGUACAUGUGGAUGUGUGUGCAGGUCAGGGAGGAAAUGAGAAAACAGCAAGUGAGAUAAGUGAAUGCACACCCAGCACAUUUCUAUGAACUCUUGUAAAACAGAUUCGUCAUUGAAAUCACUUCAGAUCUAUGAUUGUGUACACUAGGGUACAAUAAUGUGUUAACUGCAGCCUUAAUAGUGCACCACAAUGCAGAGCACUAUGGUUAUGUUUGUGUAUUUGUUCUCUGACCUCUCCUUUAUCUCUUGCUACCAACUCAAACUCAGCUACGUCAACUUUUUUUCCUCCUCAGCAUUCUUUAUUGUUCGUUACGUCAAUCUCAACCUCCUCCCCCACACUCUCUUUCUUUUUAUCUCCCCACUGUCCUCCUACCUUCACCCUUUUCCCCUCUCAGGGGUUAUCUGGUCGCUGCCCCCUCUGUGUUCCGAGCAGGCGUGGAGGAGAGUGUGAGCGUAACCAUCUUUAAUGCAAAAGCAGAAACACGCGUCCAGGUGCAGCUGGCAGUGAAAGGGCAGGCGGUCGCCCACAGCCACGGCUCAGUGCUUGGUGAGAACCAAUUUUUACCUCCGCCAAGGAGGUUUUGUUUUCGGUAGCAUUUGUUUGUUUGUUUGUUUGUUUGUUUGUUUGUCUGUUAGCAACUUAUAGACGGAUUGACCUGAAAUUUUCACCAGAGGUACGUCUCAGCACCAGGAGGAUUCCAUUAAAUUUUGGUUGUGAUCUGGACAAAAUUCUGGAUACUGUGAUCCAGAACACACAAAAAUAAGGGUGUCGUUGAAAUUUUCAAUGCUGAAAGAUAACCAAUGGGCGGCAAAGUGGUGUAGAUAGGCGGUACAGUGGUGUAGUGGUUAGCACUGUCGCCUCACAACCAGAAGUUCCUGGGUUCGAAUCUGGGUCAGGGCAUUUCUUGUUUUAGGAACAUUAUGAACAGUGAACAUACCAGUUUAAACACAAAUAAAAGUUAAUAAAAGACACGUAACAGUAAAAGUUUUGGUGUGAAUCACAAUAUAAGGGGAGACAUGAGCUGCUUGGCGGAGGUCUGUGCUCUCCGAGUGCUUUUCUACUUAGUCUUAGGUUACCGUGGCACAGACCAUAUCUCGGCCAAUUUUUACAUUGCGUGUCUAGUUUGACAGCGCCAUUGAUAAUUGGUAGUCCAGCCAUAGACUGAUAUUUCUCAGAGCCAGUGGAUGAUGCAGCAAAAGAUUUCUGAAAGCUGAGAUACAAGUCACCACAGCUAUUAAAGCAGCAUUGACACUUUGCUCAUUAAAUCAUCUCAUUUUUCCUCUUUUUUUCUGUUUUUUAGAUAAAGGCACCAUCAAACUAAAGGUGAGUUUAAUUGUGUUUACAUAGCGCCGUAGUGAAGUGCAUGCACGCUUCUUUCCAGAGAUGUUGAGAGUGCAUGGCACUGUUAAACUAUGACAGCUGCACAGUAGUGAGAGCCCUGUUGUCCGUUGUGCACAUUCCUCAGGCAACAUGCAAAUCAACACUAACAUUAUUUGUAAUGCAACAUCUGUCUCUGCUCAUUCAUUGGGAAUAAGGUAACAGCCUCAAUAUAAUAUGCAACAGCUGUUGACGUGCAUGUAUGGUCCGCCGCCCCCGAAGGCUGGAAUAGAUCAAUCUAGUAUACACAACUUGAUUCUUACCCUCUGUCUCUCCCUCUUCUCUUCCUUCCCUGUAACCUCCGCCCUCAUUCUCAUGAAAUACAGUAAUGUGUAGUGUGCUGUGUUAUAGCUUGGCGUCUGUCUCUUGUGAUUUCUUUCCUCAUGCUGUAGCCUACCCUCCAUAAAAGUAUAAAUCCAGAUUAAUAAUAACGAGCAAUUAAAAGCAGCAUUAAGUAAACAGUUAAAUACUUGUCUCCUCACUUACUUGUAGCUUGUCAUCAUCUCUGUUGUAUUUUGUUUGUGUUUGUGCGGGCGUGUUUGUAUGUCACCAGGUUCCCUCCGGUUUAAGAGGCCAGGCCCACCUGAAGGUAUGGGGGAACCGACACCUCACAGAAGGAGGCUACAUCUUCCACAACUACACCACUGUCACAGUGGAGAGCAAGGGCACGGCUGUCUUCAUCCAGACUGACAAACCUGUCUACAAACCCAAACAUAAAGGUUCCCUCAUUGUGCACCUGGUAGUUUAUUUGAUAAUCAUGGUAUAGAAACGCAGACAGCUACGGCUCACUUUAAAGGUUUUGUUGAACAGAUUGAAUCUGAACAGGGGUCAUGUUGUAGCUGAAGACAAACAUGGUAGAAAUAGCUGGGAUUGAAUGAUGCUGAUCUUAGCGUUCAUUUGGAUUCUCCAGUUAAAUCCAUCAAAUCACUUCAGACUUUCAGUCAAUUCAAUACGGUAGCGCGGAACUUUUUUUUUUCCAGAGUUUGAUCCUUGGUGGACCAGAGACUCAUUAAUCAGAACAGGAUUUUUUUUGUGCAUCAAGACUUUUCUUUUGCUGUAUUUCACAAUAGUUUGUCUCUACUUCUGUUUUUAGUGCUCAUCAACGUCUACACAGUCACCCCCAACCUGAGGCCAGUGAAUGAUAAGGUAAUCCGAAAGUUAUGUCUCUUUGUGUAUUCAAUUUUGAAAAUGAAGCGGCACAAUUUACAACACAGAUAUACUUUUCCAUCUCUAAUUGCUACAAUUAAGAAGUGAAAUGCAGUCUGCUGUGAGUGCUGCAAAUGUACAGUUACCUGUUUACAGGAGCCAAGCGAGAGUCAUUUCUCAAGGAAUGCCAGCAGGGCUCCAAAUAUACUGUGAAAGUGUGCAGACAGACGCUUUAUUGAUGUUUGCAGCUAUAAACGUCUUCUGUUGGUAAAGGCUGAUACUCACUUUCACAGAUGGAGGAUUGUUACAUAAGGCAGAAGUUGUAAGAAAGAUCAAGCGAGGACUCAGUCGGAGGUUCAGGGUCAUUUUUAGGCUAUACAGUUUGCAGUGAUAUUGAAACAUUUGUCUUGUUUUCUUUUCUUUUUUUCCAGGUCGAGGCGUAUGUUUUGGUGAGUGGAAGCCAGUAGGACCACCCAGGGAACAGUGGCAAUUUUAGUUCCCAGCCUGGUAGGAGAUUACAAAGCAGAAGUCAGGGCAGCUCACCUAGAUAACAGGGUGCUCUUUGGAACAGUGCGAGGAUAAACAACAUGAAAGGAACCUCCUCUUUUCUCUUGUCCUCUCUUAGCUUUGCAUUUAUCAGUGCUCUCAAACCCACACACACACUGUUUGUCCUUACCUCACACUUCCCACCUUUGUUUUUUUGUUGUAUCUGAGAGAUCUUUUGAUAUUUAAUUGGCAAAUAACAGGCUGCUGGUCCCUCUUAAGAAGCAAACGGGGUUUGACGCCUAUUUUACAGCUUCUGAUAAGCACAGCAGUGUUGCCUAUGUGUCACUUGAAGUGAAGAUGUAGAAGUAUUUUGAUAGAAGAAACAUCUCAAGGACAAGUUCAGUUCAAGUUAUGUCAGACCUGUGUAACCACCACAUGCAAACAAACAGUUUACCAACAGUUAAUAAACUCUUAAAUGUGAUGUCUUCACACUCAUCUCUCUUCUCUCUCAGGAUCCAAGAGGAUCCAGGAUGGUUCAGUGGAAAGGUCUAAAAUCUAUCUGCUGUGGUGAGUCACAUUUUGUUCAACCUGUCCUCAUCUUCAUCAUUUAUACCAGUGGUUCUCAAGUCCAGUCCUCGAGCCCCCCCGUCCUGCAUGUUUUGGAUGUUUCCCGGCUCCAACACACCUGAUUCAAAUGAUCAGCUCGUUAUCAAGCUCUGUAAUGGCUUAAUAACGAGCUAAUCAUUUGAAUCAGGUGUGUUGGAGCAGGGAAACAUCCAAAACAUGCAGGACGGGGGGGGGGGUCCUCGAGGACUGGACUUGAGAACCACUGAUUUAUACACAGCCAAAAGUUUAAAACUAGAUUUUUAUUGUAACAAUAAGAAAGUAGAGCUUCUGCCUUUUCAGACAUGUACUAUAAUUCUGUGACUCCUUGUUUAAUUUACUUUAAAACACUGAAAAGGCCACACUGCGUUGUUCUUUUUGAAACUUUUGUAGUUGUUCUAUCAGCUGUUAAAUAAGGUAUUACACAUCUAGUUUAUGAACAGCAUAUAUGGCAUGUAAGUAUUUAAGAAGUUAACUAUGUCUGUUUGUUCUGCAGGUGUUGUGAACAUGAGCUUCCCUCUGUCGGACCAGCCUGUUCUUGGGGAGUGGUUUAUCUUUGUGGAAGUGCAGGGACACACAUAUAACAAGUCGUUUGAAGUGCAGAAAUAUGGUGAGCCUCUGUGUAUUACAUUGCCUUGUUUUUAUCAUUUUCUUUCUGUAAUAUGAUUAUGUGUUAUUUGAUAGUUGUCAGACAGCUUCUUGUGAGGGGUACAAAAAGUAAUCCAACCAAAAUAGCAAUAAAAAAUAGUAGAAUAUGUAACUGAAGCAACAUUUUGUUCUCUCCCUCACAGUGAUGCCAAAGUUUGAGUUGGUGAUUGAUCCACCACAGUAUAUAAGUGAUCUGAACUCAUGUCAGCAGGCUUCUGUCAGAGCAAGGUGAGCCACCUAAAACUCAUCUAAAAGAUAUUAAACCAAAGUCCUACUUGUCUUUGCUGUGAGGACUCUUCUUCGGUCUGUGAUCUAUCAUAUAAUGUUUGAUAUCCUUCAUCCUGCUUAAAAUUGUUUCUUGGGGGGCGCGCAGAUGGCCGAGCUGGUUAGCGCGCCCCACGUAUGGGGACCAUGGUCCCUGCAGCAGUCGUGGGCUUGAGUCCGGCCCCAAGCAUGUGCUGCAUGUCCUCCCCCAUCUCUCUUUAUCUCCCCAUAUUUCCAAUCUGUCCUAUCAAUAAAGGGCAAAAAAUUGCUAAAAAAAAUACUUAGAAAACAAAUAAAAACUGUUCGUUGACGUACCAACAAUCAAUGUCUCUUCGGAUGUUGAAGUCUGAUCUGUCAAUGUCACACAGGUAUACAUUUGGGAAACCAGUCACAGGGAAGCUGACAGUGAAUAUGACAGUGAAUGGAGUGGGCUACUACCGUCAUGAGAUGGGCCAUCCUGUCAUCAAAACAAUGGAGGUCAGUUUAACUACUAUCCAGAUAUCAUCACACAGCUAAUUAAUUUGUUGAAUUUCUGUCAUCCCCAAAAGUACUAUUAUCAUGCGUGCAUUGCCCAUAAUUAUUACUAUGUGUGGCCCAAACACAGGCAUUAGCAUUAUGUUCUGCACACACACAUACGAUAACAGAUCACUCCUCUGUUGUUCUCAGAUCAAAGGCUCUGCAAACUUCAGCCUGUGUGUCAAAGACAUGAUGCCUGUGGAUGUAGCUGAUCACUUCAGGGGCACUGUGAGCAUUUGGGCGUCAGUAACCAGCGUAGAUGGGAGUAGACAAACCACAUUUGAUGAUUCAACACCCGUCCACAAACAGCUCAUUGACAUUAAGUACUCAAAGGACACUCGUAAACAGUUCAAGCCUGGUCUGCCGUACAAAGGGAAGGUAAGACUGUUUGACACAAAUGUUACACUUAAUAAAAAAAUCAGUUUGAAUAUUUUCUAGCUGAUAGAUAUGGAUAAAUUUGGCAAAUGUAAUAUGAUAUCUACCCAGUUUUCUGCUUUAUUCAUUUUCUUAAUCAAUAUUUAUGAACCCUCUCCUUUUAGAUUGAAGUGACCUACCCUGAUGGGAGUCCUGCUGAUGGUGUGAAGGUGCGAGUCAAAGCAGAGCUGACCCCCAAGGAUAAUGUCUACACUAGUGAACUGAUCUCCAAGGAUGGCCAGGCCAUCUUUGAAAUCCCCUCAAUCCCCACUGCUGCCCAGUAUGUCUGGUUAGAGGUCAGUGACUGUACUGGUAGGAAGAGGAGUUUUUUUUUUCCACAUAUCUUGAUGAACUUCUUCAAAUCUUAUUUCCUUUUGCUCGUCAUAGACCAAAGUGACAUCCAUUGAUGGAAAGGCAGUAGGAGAUCGGUACCUGCCCAGCUACCUGUCCAUAAGUAGCUGGUACUCUCCCAGCAGGUGUCACAUCCAGAUUCAGAGCCCCAGCACUCCGCUUAAGGUAGGUGCAGCACCAAUGUAGUUUCUAAUGUUUAGCCUGUAGGUUAAGACUUUUUUCCCCUCUGAAAAUAAUCCAAAAAUACAUCUAAAUAUUACGAUGUCUUCAUUUACAAAGCCAUUGCAUCUGUAUCCUCUUGCAUGCACAGGUCGGCCAAGAAGCAGAAGUCGCUCUCAAAUCGACAUGUCCCUGUAACUUCACCCUACACUAUGAGGUGACAUCUCGGGGGAACAUCAUCCUGUCAGGCCAACAACCUGCCAACCUGACAGCCUCACACCGAGGAAAAAGGGCCACAGUCAUCUUUGACAAGAACAUACACGCCACCCAGUUGCCUCCCUCUGCCUCUGGUGAGUGCAUUUCUAUCCUUCAUGUUUUUAAUGGAUACAAAACUCACUUUUAGGACGUUGGAUGUUUGUUUUAUCUGCAUGGCCAUGUGCUAGAAGUUUAAAUAUUUUUGCAAUAUGUCUUGGGAGAUUUCUUCAGUGUUUCAUUCAGCCAAUAGCAGAUCAACUCUUAUCAAAGCACAGCAGAACAUUCCUCAUGGUUCUCCUCCUUUUUUUUGAUAACAAUGUCAUUAACAACCCGUUUGCCAUCGCUCUGCCAGGUGUUGCAGGCUCCUCCUCGCAGGCUGAGAUGGACAGCUGUGUGUCAUUUCUGCGUUUCCCGGUUAGCCACAGCAUGGCACCCCUCAGUCGUCUCCUGGUCUACUAUGUGAGAGAAAACGGAGAAGGUGUUACAGAUAGUCUUCAAGUCCCUAUCCAGCCUGCCUUCGAGAACCAGGUUUGAAACAGAUAGUUUUAGUGUUCUUGAUAUAAAUAAAGUCUGUGGUCUCAUUCCCUACAGAAGUGUUUUUUACUGAUUUGUGAUUUCAUUUUCCUUAACAUGGUAAGAAGAGUAUCCACCAUCCUCCUUUGAACAUAAAUUCUUCUAGCGAGAGGUGUUUUCUUCUUCUUAGCCUUUUUUACUCUAAUUUAAAGACCAAUAAAACAGUAAACCGAUGAUAUCUGUGAGAGGGUUCCUUGCACAAACAUUUAUGUUGGAAAUAAAUGUGUUAUUAUAAAAUAAAUGUUUAUGUAAUGAUUAAUAAAAACUUGGCAUAGUGUGUAUAUAUAUUUUGGAGGUGAGCCGAAGUAUCUAUGCACUAGCUCUGUCCACAGUGUAAUGUCUGUAAACAAACAGCUGUGUUGGCCUGGGAGAGCUUCUCAGUUCCUGCCUGCAUUAGGUGGAGUUAACUCCCUGAAGUAUUUACUGCUCCCUGGUAUGCCAUUACAACACUCUUUCUGUGUGUGUGUGUCUGUGUGUGUGUGCGUGUGUGUGUUUGUGUGGAGGAGGGGGAUGUGAGGGCAUGAUUAGACAGAGGCCGUGCAGGCUGCAGGCAGAUGAGUGGGGUUGUGACAGAAGAGGAUGACAGGUUACGGAGUGGUGAAAGGAGGGCAGCGGAACCGAUUAACGGGGCUAAUUUGUGACUGCAGGUUGCUGAAAAACAGUUCUGAUGUGUGAAAGUUUACGGCCGACUCUCACCAUCCCUCCUCCUGUCAAAGCCUCUAGUUUUCCACUCUGUCCUCAAGUUUCCCACCAUGUAGUGGCUCUAUAGUUUAGAGCUGUAGGAUUAAUGUUCUUCCUUUGUCUAAUAUAUACACUUACUUCCAAUGAAGUAUUAAGCAACACUGCCAACUAGUGCUGAAACAUUUAGUUAUUAAAACGAUGAGCAGAUAGACAUGAUACAGGAUGAACAAGUACAAUCUUUUAUUUACAGUCUUCUUAUUCUUGCCUCUUACUGUGACCAUCACCAUCUUGACUGUAACUGCCGGAUAAGAUAUACAAUCUAAUCAUGACUACCAUGAUGUUUUCAGGUUUUUCUAACAGUAAUCACAGUUACGCUUAGAAUAAUAUGUUUUUUCUUGUUGUUGUUGUUUUUAGGUGUCUGUUACUCAGUCAACCAACGAGUCCAUGCCAGGAGACCCCAUCACCCUACAUGUGCGAGGAGAAAAAGGCUCCUGUGUGUGUGUGGCCACUGUGGAUAAGAGCCUCUAUCUGUUAAAGCCUGAUUUCCAAAUGAGUCCAGAUAAGGUUGGUCCCAAAUUAUCUGCGACAGUUAAUCUCCAUUAUUUCUCCUAAUGAAAAAGAUCUGGUGUUUAAGUAGUAUCAUUUCUUUCUAUGCUUAAAGUCCAUUUUCAUAUGUUUGCUUGUUUUAUUGUAUUUCUUUGCUAAGUCUGUAGAAGUAAAAGGUGAUAAUUGUAGGUGGAUACACAUGUAAGACUAAGGAUGUAACUUUUGUUAUAUCAAAGUCGAGCUCUUCUACUAUACCAGGCUUUGUUUGUGUUUUCUCUGCGCAGGUGUUUAAAGAACUGGCAGAAUUUGACGUUUCAGAUGCCUUCGGCAUUCCUAAAGAUGACGGACACUUCUGGUGGCCUGGGCUGUCGUCAAAGAGACGCAGGCGUUCUUCUGUGUUCCCCUGGCACUGGGACAUUACUAAAGACGCACGCUUCGCUUUCACGGUAAGAACACACACUUCGAUAAAAAAAAAUCCUAUAACAAUGCUACAAGGAUGAAAAAAUGUAAUUUCUGUGUGAGUGUGUGUACAUUAUUUUUGUCUGUGUAUUUAACUCAGGAAACAGGGCUGGUUGUGAUGACAGAUAUGGUGAGUUUAAACCACCGGCAGAGUGGAGGGAUGUACACAGAUGAGGCUGUUCCAGCUUUCCAGCCCCACAGCUCCACCUUGGUGGCUGCCAUGCACUCUCGUCCCACAGCCAGGUAUGCAAACUCUUACAGAGACAUACACUACACUGUAAAAUCUCAACAAACACAAGUAUUGUCGAUCUCACUGUGCUGUAGCUCUUUGGAAAGAUUUCUUCUUAAAUCAAUAGCUUAUUAAAAUGAGCAUUUUCUGUCUCUCUGCUAAUUGAAGGCUGCUGUUUUGAAUGUGCUACUAUUUAAAUGACCCUGUCACUUAUCCCACUACAUUCACUGUGAAAGGACCACACGCAGCUUAAUUGGGAGGUUCUCAUCUGAAAACAAUGAGUUUGAAAACAAACCCAUGACAGAGCAGUAAUUACCUAAUGCUCUCGGGAAUCAUUAUGUUCUAGUAAUACACAUCUCAGUAUUUGUCAUGCUUGGGUUGAACAAUGUCUCUGAAAUGAGUAAUGUACAAGCUGAGAAAAACAUGACAAAAGAAAUUAGCUUUGUUGUUUUGUCCUUGUUUUAGAUCUGCAUUCCUCAAUGCCACGAACACCUCUUACUCUGGUGAUAAACAUUAAACACAUGAUGUGACUCAGAGAUUGUCAGUGUGGAAUUCAGAAUAAUACAUUUUCCAAUUAAGAUGUUGUUUUUAUUGUGAGCAGCUGAGGCCUUUUAUUGAUGUCAGCUUGGGUUUUUGGUUGCAGAGCAGAGAAGCGUAGGCGUACAUUUUUCCCAGAGACUUGGGUGUGGCACUGCCUCAAUGUCAGGUAUUUUAACUUUUAUAUAAAUAUUUUUCUUGUCUCUGUGUGUAUGUGUGUGUGUGUCUGUCUGUCUGUGCAUGUGCAUGUGCAUGUUGCAUGCCUAAGGCUAGAAAUAUCAGGUACACCAGAUUGUCUGCAACAACACAGGAUUUAAUCACCGACUAAAGUAUUUAGGAGUGAGAGAACUGUAAGAGAGGAGAAAAGAGGAGAGGAAAGUUUAAAAAAAAAACUUGAAAGAGAGAGAUGAAAGAGGGACAGGAGCCAAAAAAACAAGGGGGUAAAGCGGGCAUGACACAGGGUUAGAAAGAGGAGAGAAAGAAUAAAGACAAAAAAUAAUACGAAGAAAGGUCUUUAGGAAAAUGUGAGAUAAGGAUAUCAAAACAGGGGUGCUGGUAAGGACAGAUUGAAUGUUAGAGAGAAGACAGGAAUGAGAAAGGAGAGCAAAGAUCCAAGUGCAGCAAGAGGAAAGAUCCAUCACCCCAGCAGAGUCCAGCAUUUCCUCACCUCUUGGUGUAAAUGUGCCUCGUUUAACUUGGGCGAUCUUGGAACAAACUGUCACCCUCUCAGCAGCUCUCUCCAUUUAUUUGAUGCCAGUAUAAAUGAACUACCCAUAGAUUUCCAUAUGCUUGAUUCCCUUGGAUGGGACUUCUGCUUUGCCUUAUUUCCUGUCAAGUGCAAAGCUCUGAUUUCCCUUAAAAGUCUAUUAAAGUGGAUUUUUGGGCAACUUUGAUCAAAAGAAAGGGUGUUCAUGGAGUUCUUCAAGUUUAUUAUGCCCUUAGACAGUUUGCCAACACCAACACUAAAUAUGUGUUGCCAAUAAUGAUCUCAGCUCGUUUGAAUCAAAGAAACAGAUUGGGUCAGCACCUGACUGUCCCUCCUGCAUGUCCAUUUGAAAGUGUUUUCUGUAGUUUCAUUAAUGCAGGUGCUGGUGUUGACACAGGUGUUAGCAUAAAAGUGAUCUGGAGUGAUUCAUCAAGCCUGUCCUUGUAGUCUGGGCCUUUUUAUUUCCUGUGUUUUGAAAACCAUAAAAAUAAGCUUCUCAUUUCACUGUCCACUUGAGUAAACUUGCGUGUCAACAUGUGUUGCUCACAGCGCUGAAACCGGGGAAGCUGAGUUGCGAUUGGACGUGCCAGAUUCAAUCACCACCUGGGUGACAGAAGCUGUUGGCCUGUCUGAAGAAAAGGGUCUUGGCUUAGCAAAGAGAGCGGAGCUUCGUACCUUUAAGCCCUUCUUUGUUGACUUCACGUUACCCUACAGUUUAAUCAGAGGAGAGCAGACCAAAGUCCCCCUCACUGUCUACAACUACCUGCAGACCUGUGCUGAGGUAAGAUAUAUAUCAGAUUAUAAGAAAAUGCUAAACAAGUUACUCUGAACCAGAGAAGCAUAUGGGGCAGUGUGGUGUUUCUUUUCAUCCAUACUCUACAUAAUAGAGCUGAAUCACACACAUACUGUUUAUGGUGUCAGGAUUAAACAAUAUUUAUACACUGCACUUUGGUUUGGUUUCACGGAGAUGAAAUGUUCAUAUUUUAAGUCUGUAAAUAAAACUUGAAAAACAAUAGAACAUACAUACAUCCAUCCAUCUUCAGCCGCUUAUCGGGUCACAGGGGCAAAAGUCUAAGCAGGGAAGCCCAGACUUCCCUCUCCCCAGCCACUUCAUCCAGCUCUUGCUCUUGCCCCCUGGAUGCCUCACUGUUGAGAGGAGUCAGAUGAGGUGGCUUGGGCAUCUAAUCAGGAUGCCCCCUGGACGCCUCACUGUUGAGGCGUCCAGGGGGCAUCCUGAUUAGAUGCCCAAGCCACCUCAUCUGGCUCCUCUCAACGCGGAGGAGCAGCGGCUCGAAUGACUGAGCUCGCGAUCUUGUUCUUUUGGUCACUACCCACAGCUCAACCAUAGAAUAGAAGUAAAACAUCUACAGUCCUCAUAAGAUUCAUAACAUAUUUAUUUUAGUAUUGCUACGAGUAUAAGCAGCUUGUGUUUUAGACCUGUUUACAUUUGAUGCUCGUGAACAGUUUGCUGUCCAUCUCUUGUGUUAUGCACAACUUCUUCUUUGGCUGAUCUCCUCAUCUCCACAUGAGCUCUACUCAUGCAUUCUGUCAAAUUGACAGGGAAAUCUAAACAGAGUGUUGUGUUUUUCUGCAAUUAAAAUCUCAAUUUUGAGCCCAGCUAUAUCAAUAAUUGUAAUGCACAGACGAUAAUGACAUAUUACCUUUUUGCCAGGGUUUUUUACUAAUCACCUGGCUGUGUUGAAUAAUUCUAAGACACAAAGUAACCACAAACUGCUGCACAGUGUUAUGGGACUGAUUGAGUGAAACAGAAACACCAGAAGAUUGUAAAAGAAGAAUUAUACAGGUGCUGCUGUUAUUUUCUGCAUCUGUCAAGAAUACCAACCAGUAAGCACAAACGUUUUUACCCUGCCGUGAUUGAAAAUGCAAAGUUUAUUUUGUUUUUUUGUUUUUGUUUUUUUAGCAGUAAAGCAGUACAAUGUUUGGGCUUAACCAUGAACGAAAACAAAUGAAAAUGAUGAUGAUCUUCAGACUUGACUGUGAAAAUAUUUGCAACAACACAGGAUUUAUUUGCUGAUAAGUUAUUUAGGGAAUACCAUCAACCUUUUUUGUUGUAUAAAUAAAUCAUUUUAAAACCAGUUAAAUCAUGUAAAGAUAAGUAUUUAGAAUCAGCUUGUUUGUAUAGUCUGUAGCUUGAUAAUAAGCCAGUUGAAGAGUUAGCUGAUAGUUGUGCGAUAUAUGUAGAAUCUCUUCAGGAUGGACAAGCAGUCCAGUCUGGAAGUCUUGUGUUUUUAAAUUCAAUAGAAACUUUCUGAUGCCUGAUCAGCAUAACAAAAGAUACAGGGUGGGUUGAAGAGUAACUUCAGGUAGGUAGGCAGAGGGGUUUUCAGGGAUUAGAAGUGGUGGCUAAAGGAAGCACAGGUUUGUAAUAUGGAGAUUAUCCAAGAGGUACAGUAUGUUUCAGCGCUUACUUUGAAAAGCCCUCUAAACUCUGUUUUGGCUUUAAAUGGGUCCAUCCUGCGCUCCACAUGGAUGACAUCAUGAUGUUUGCAGAUGAGCCUGUUAAAUGGCCUGUGCGUGUGUUGCCCUGAUGUCAUGUUAGGUGAACAUGCAAACCAGCGUAGCCCUUCCUUUGAUGUCCACUCCGGCAACAUGUGAUUCCUAUAUUUUCUGCUCUGUUAUUUAUGACUUGUGGCGUGUGGAUGAAGAACAGUAAAAAGAUCACUCUGCAUUACCAAGCCCUCUGUGAAAAUUGGACGAUGAGUGGAACUUAAUCCUUCAGGGAGCUUGAGAAGCAUGAGUCAGACAGCAUGGAAAAUUCACAAUGUGAUUUAAAAAUUCUCCAUCGCUUUGAGAGCUACGAGGCGAACACGCUAUAUGAGGGAGGGGCGUGCCACAAGAAAUGAUGUCAUUGUGGUCUGUCAGAGGAGAUCAGUUGCCUCUGAUUUGUCCUUCCUCUUUUCUCUUCUCAUCCCUCCAUCCCUUCUUUCCUCUUACAGGUUCAUGUUAAAGUCUCAGUUCCGAAAGGCAUUAAAUUUAUUGGCCACCCUGGAAAACACCACCUUACCAGGAAGAAGUGUGUUGCUCCCGGAGAGGCUACACCCACAUCCAUUGUGCUGUCUUUCACUGAACUGGGGUUCGCAAACAUCACAGGUACCUUCAAUUAAAACAAGAAAACAUCAACUGUAUGGCAAAGAUGAGUAAGGAUGCGGAAUUUUUCCAUGAGAAUUUACCACUCCACAAUUUUAAAAACCUCAGGAAAUAUGUCUUUUCAGGCUUACUGUACACUGUGGGUACAGCUUUGUUUGUAUCUCCUAAAAAAGAAUGUUAAAUUAAGCUAAGCUGAUACCUAUUCGAGUCUCAUAAUUACUGUUGCAAGAUCAAAAAGUAUACACUUUUUGUUUUUGGGGCUAUCAGCUUCCCAACUUGGGGUCCAGACACCCCAGGGGACAUACCAGAGAUCUUAGGGCUUUGUCUGCUCAGAUAAUGUCCAAGUUAACUUCAUUUAUGAACUAAAAUCCUUAUUACACACUUGCUGGAUAGAUUGGACAGCUCUGCCUGUUGAUAUAAAAAAUACAUUUUUCUCUUUUUUUUAGGUAAGAACAUUGACAUUAAUGUAUUUUUUUAGGUGAUGUAUCACUUUUUUCCCAUGAAGCCCCGAGGGGUGAGACUCUGCUUUUUAGCAAUAUAAAAAGUGGGGCUCUCAAAGGAAAAGGGGUUGGGAACCACUGAUGUAAAUAAUACAGGUUUAAUUGUGUCAGAUCAGAUCGUAAAAAGGCAUCAUUCAAACUAUUAAAAAGAUAGCAACCCUUCACGUGGAUGUUGGUACCUCAGUGUGAUGCCUCACAAAAAGACAAGCUUUUGACGUGACAGAGCUCUGCUGGCCAAGGAGACGAGCUGUGUGUGAUCUGGUCACUCAACCAGAGUUACAAACAGUCCCCUCCAGAGUGCAUGUGAGAACAAAGCCAGCCAGCAGUGGGGGAGCACCCAGAGUUGUGCUGUGACACUCAGUGGCAUGUUGAUGAGCUUGCAGGUCACUGGCGGUCAAUGGGCCCCCCAUGGCCCCACUCCUAGUCCUCUGGCCCCUUGCGUUUCCCUUUCAGUACACACACACAAAGAGACGCCACUGGCACAGGGCCACAUUUACAACAUGCUCCACAGCAAACGAACUAGGAGUCCUUGGACAGCCUUAUUUUUCCUGUUGCCAAUAUACUAGAUAUAUAGACUUAACCAGGUGUGGUCAUUUUUGACCUAACAAACAAGAUUUGACCUUUUCCCCCUAAUGGUUGACAAUUUGACUUUUUAAUGAUGAUAUUCAACUGCGUCAUAGAGAGACAUAUUAAUAUUUCCUUAAGAUGAACGUCCCUGUUUAGAUAUGCAAACAUUAAAGCAGUAAUAACCAAUAGUUGUCAUCUGCAGAUGCUCCUGGAAGUGCAAUGUAAUGAUAAAGAUAAUAAUGAACACUUGGAAGUGUCUCAACCUCCAAAAUACUUAAUUUAGACAGUUUGAAUGGGAUCUGACACGCAUGCCAUGGCUUUCCAUGAGCCUCUUGGCAACACAUAAAGCCUUGUCUCAUCUAAUAUUUUCUUUUAUUUUCUUAACACAUUCUGGGUUUAGAUGGACAAUAACUCAAACAUCGACUUGAAGAUAACAGCAUGAACAAACCUGAAACUAUUCCACCUUUAUUUUCUCAGCAUUGACCGUGAACUCUGGGGUUGGCUCAGGAAAGUUCUGGAUGAAAAAAUUAGGCGGUAUUGUGACAAAACAGGAAGCAGCAAAGCUGAUUUAUUUCUCUGUGUUUCCAAUAGCACGUGCCAUUGCCUACAGUGAACCGAGCUGCUGUUCAGAUGGAUUCCAGACAAGCAAAACAGGCAAUGACAUGGAUGAAAGAAGGACCCCGAUUGGCCUGGACUACGUUCGCAGAACUGUCCAAGUAGAAGUAAGAGAGAUGUGAUAUUUAUCAAUGAAACAUGACAUUAAAGACUGAAGAAUCUGUUGAGACAUUUUUGUUCUUUAACUAUCCCACUUUUCUUCUUUCUUUCUCUCUCCUACGGUUGGAUGUAUCUUCUUCUUACUCUCAUUUCAGCCAGAAGGUCUGCCCAGAGAGUACACCUAUAGUGUCUUCUUCUGCCCCAAUGGUCAGUACCUUGUUGUCAUUGUCUCCCAUUCAGAGAUCAUUGUUUGUUUUUCUUUUGACCUCUUCUCAUCAAAAGAUUUAUUCUUACUCUUUAUACCAGCAUUCUGUAGAUUUCACAACAUCUGAAUGCCUGUCUUGUUUCAUUCUCAGAGAGAAUUCACAUUUCCACUCCAAACAAGUACGAGUACCAGUACGUGAAAAAGCCAACCAAGAUGAACCAGUUCCAGGUGGCAGUGAAGACCCACAACGAUGCCCAUUUUGCUCUCUCUGCCAGCCCCCAUGACAGUGCAGAGAUGCUAGAGAUUGUACUUGGGGGUAGGCAAAACACCCGCUCCUGGAUCUCUGUGGGCAAGAUGGGUGAUCCUCUGGUCAGUGUGAAUACACCGGGCAUCCUCUCCUGGGACGAGUUCCGCAGUUUUUGGAUCAGUUGGAAAGGAGGUAUGGUACAGGUAAGGAGCUGAAGCAAACAUACAUGAUCGAACUGUUUUUGAAGAUGCAUAAUGUUGAUGAACGAGAGAGCAAAGAAAAUGUCAAAUGAAUUAGAUUUGUUACAUCAAUCUGUAUUUAGAUUUAUGCUCAAACACAUGUCAGAUAUUGUAAAUAGACUUUGAGGACCAUAGUGUCUGCAUGUUUGAAAAGCUGGUGCCAAUUUUAAUGGCAUGCCUUCUUUAAUGUGAGGGUUUACUGGCUUAUGUCACAGAGGACUUCACAUGUCUUUCCAUUCUGAUUCAAAGUUUCACAUCUUUUAACAUAAUCAGACCCUAAAGGCUUUUAUACAGCAAGAUUUCUUUCAUUUUUUUGGCUUGUCUUAGCUCUCUUUGUCGCUGAGCACCCAGCAUGAUGAAGUUCAACCAAAAAAAGUUGCUCUCCAAAGUUUGUUCACAUGUGUGCAUCAGUGAUUGUAGUCUUUAAUUACAUAAUCUGUGUUUUCUUAAUCUUCCAAGGAGCUGUUGUUGUUGUGUGAACACAAGCUAAUUCUCUGACUUUCUCUACAGGUGGGACACGGUGUUCAUCCAUCCAACGAAUCCAUCAUCCUUCAGUGGGCAGGCCAGUUCCCUGGACAGGUUUGACUCACCAUAACCCUAAUGGUUUAAAUAUAAAUGCUGUAAGACUUCAAUUUUACAGAUGACUCAAUAUAAUUUUUCUUAUUAAUGCAGGUGCGUCACAUUGGCUUCUCAACGGGCUGGGGCUCAGUUGGGGAGUUUAAGAUUUGGAGAAAAGAAGACUCAGAUGAGAACCACAAUGAGGCGUUCACACUUGGGGUCCCACACAACAUGGUGCCUGGAUCUGAGAGGGCUACUGUAUUUAUGAUUGGUAUUUUGGGAUUAGAUUAUCUUUCAUUUUGACUAGCUGUUACAUGUUAUUGUGUGUAAGAAACAUUUAUUAUCCUGUAUUUAGCUUUAAACCAGUUUAAAGUUUAAAAUGUGUGUAAAAAUAUAUCCCUCUCUGUGUCGGUAUCAGGGGAUGUUAUGGGCCCAACUCUUAAUAACUUGGAUAAGCUGUUGCGGCUCCCUUUUGGCUGUGGGGAACAGAACAUGAUCCACUUUGCCCCCAAUGUCUUUGUCCUGAAGUACCUGCAGAAGACCAGGCAGCUCAGCUCUGAGGUUGAGAAUGAAGCAACUGACUAUCUGCUGCAAGGUAAAGAAGCUGAAAAUCAACUCUUGUAGACUGUAUCAUAAUAAUAUUUGUUUCAUAAGUCCAGCAAAUGUAAUAUACCAAGAUAUAUAUAAGAAAGUAACUGAUAAGAGUAUGAAGAAUUUAUUAAGAAUUUAUGGGACUCAUUUUCAAAACCUGAAUGAGUGAUAAAUAAAGGAUCCUCACUGGUAUUGCAACUUUUUACAAUUCUGGCCUAUAGGUAGUAAGCUGAUCACGUUUAUCCUGAAGAUUUGCUGCAUUCACAAAAUCUUGCUUACUUACCUCCAAUUAGUUAGCAGCCGUCCAAGCAGAGGAAAGAAAAGGGCCAAUCACAAGUGUGACCUGAAUCUCAAGUGAAAUCCCUCUAGGCCUGACUGUGCACAAAGUGACUAAACGCUGGUGUUUUCUAACUGUUGGCAAGUUGUGUUCUGUUGUUGGGGUUUUGGAAUUAGGUUUACCUUGGAUAACGUAAUUUGUUUGUGGAUAACGUUGGAAAUUAGAGGAACCUUGGUCUGUCUACUCUUAAUACUUUGGAUCGCAAACUGGAACAUGGAUGCUGUACAGAAUUACCCAGAUGAGUCUUUCUCCACCUCUUCUGAUAUCUCCAUGUACCCCCUCAGAGACUUUCCACCCUUUCCCACUUGACAUUUUCUAACUAUAAGAGGGACAGGUCAUCCUGCAGAUGGAGUUGUGCUCAAGUCAUGAUGGAGUUUAAGCAUUUUUAUAAAAUGGAAAUGAAAUUGUGGCUGAUCCUCCACACCUUUUUAGUCUUUACAUCUUUAUUUGAUAAACAUAUCUGUAUUGGUGUCAUGUGAGCAACAACAAGGCAUGCUGAAGCAUUUCUGGUACUUUUGAAGAUAUACAAAGUUAUAGAUCUGCACACCACAGUUGGGUCUCCACACUCAUCACUUAUCAUCAUUUGCAUGCACCGCACCCCUCUUUUAAUUAAUGCAACCGUGUGCACGGCAUGACCCAUUUACAAAUGGCCGAAGAGUGAUUCACAGUCAAGUAAAUACCAAAUAUUUUCAAGUGCUACUUUUAGAGUCUUUUUGCCAUUUCUGAAAUACCUCCCAGAAAUCAACCUGACCUUUCUCUGUCUGUUUUCUUGCUUAAACUUAAUCAAUCACCUCAUGAAAGUGAUAUCUUUGUUGAAUAAUCUGUCUGGGAAAUUUGAAGAAUUUUAUUUGGUUUGCCAUUCCUCUCUUUGUUAAUCUGUAUAUGCUGAACACUAAUGCAUGUACUGAUACGUUCAAAUUCAGCACCAUCCUGGAAUUUUCUAUUCCAUCUGUACCUGCUUUGCUUGUAGUUAGGUGUUUUUUUAACCAUGCCAGUGCUGAGGCUAUUCAUUAAUAACAUAUCUGCAGUAAAGAAUGAAGAAUGUUGGAGUUCCACAGACUUGACAGAUGCUAUGUUUUCAGGAAUGUAUCUUUUUACACUCAUCCAGGUUAUCAGAGACAGCUGACCUACAAAAGGCAGGAUGGCUCCUACAGUGCCUUCGGAGAGAGGGAUUCCUCUGGCAGUAUGUGGUAAGUCCUUGUGGGUGUAGCUGUUAAAGUUUACUCAACCCAUUCCAACCAAACUAUGAAUAGCCAGGGCCACAUUUUUCAUUUAUAACUGGUACAUAGUUUGCUUGCCAAAGUAAUGAAGUUUUUAUCUGAAUCUCAGUGUGCUGUGCUCAAAUUAAUGUGUUCCCGUUGAAUGGCUGGUGAAUGUUUAUUUCAUGUUAUAACACUCUGGGGUCAGAGAAGGCAGGCAGGGAUCAUCUCCUCAUAUUUAUGAAACUGAAAUCAAUGCUCUCCACGGAGCUCUCCGCUGCUUGCAUUGUGCUGUCUAUGCAUACCUCUGGUUGAUUUAUGAGCUGAGGUGGGUGUUAUGAUAUUUAAUAGAGCUAACACUGUGAAACAGCGGGUUAUAUAAACAGCGUAGUAUCACAAACAGACGACAUAAUUGGAUCCCUAAGGUAGGCAAAACUGUCAGGAUUUAUUUGCAGUUAAUCAGGGUUCAUAUCCGUGACACUGAGUGGACUCAUGCUGCUUUAGCUCCACAGAGUAGCUCUUUAUGCCACUAUUGGAGACAGUGAUAUAAGUUGUCUGGAGUUACUUCACCCAAUGGCUCUCUACUUUUUUUUUUUUUUGACAUUGACUUGAACAUUUUAGUGGCGCAUGCUUCUAAAUGACUCACUACCUGGGUGUAAUUGGUAACAUUAAACUUUACAAUAAACCAAACUAGCUGUGGAAACCUUGGACUCUCCUCCAGAUGACUUUUACAGGAUAUGAUGUAACAAGCAGUGUUUGGAGUUUUCCUUGGCGCCCAAAGCAACAAGUGUGGGUUGUGGGCACGACUUUGGCGGUGAACCUUUAGUAAAACUGCAUCAGACACUUAAUGAAUCCAUCAGCAACAUGUUUGCAUCCAAAACAAGCCCGGCUUUUUCGUUUUUGUUCCAGAGUUCAUGAGGUGAGCAGCGCAUUUACUACCUGCUUAAAAGCACCGGUAAUUCAGCGUUAAUGUAUUCCAGCUUGUAAAAAUGUAUCUGAGUGGAAAUUGACUGGAUCUAAUAAAUAGAUUGAACAUGAUGACGAGGACUGGCAGUGAUAGUUUGGGCCAGAGUUUUCGAAUGCCCAGGCUGUCAACACCACAUAGGGUGAGCUGAAAGUUCACCGACCAAAGGGUCAAAAACACUGAAUAAAAGUUUCAACAUUAAAAUGCCUGAAAUAAGAAAAAUCUUUACUCUGAUAGUUUCCAAUAAUGUGCUUGCCUGUAGAAACUCUUUUUUUCAUGUACAGUAUAUUUAAUGUAAUUCAUUCUUGAGAGUAUGGCUUCAUAGUAUGUUCACCUGUAUGAUAAUCUCCAUAGCGACAUGGACUAAAAGGAGCAUUGUUGGAUGUUGGUCUGUGUGUACUUUCAUGCUUUUGAUUGCCAUACUUGUGAAGACUUUAUUGACCAAAUUCACCCACUAACCACUGACCCCAAGUGUUUCCCUGUCAGUGUCACAUCUGAACCUCUCUUUCUUUCAACCAUAACCUUGUCCCAAAUUUCUUAAAUCAAUUUGGAUUUGUCCUAGUUUCUUUUUGUGCCAUUAAAACUACCAGAGCUGAAAUGGCAAAACAGUUAAAAAGCUGUGAUUUUACAAACAUGUCAACGUGUGCUCCAUCAUUUUAUAACCUCUUUCAGAGUAGGGCAGCUCCUUUUUUCAUUUCCCCUAGCAGUCUCAGUCCUUGGCUCUACAUGUUGAGGCUGGCAUGGCAUUUGUGUCUGCCCAAAGACUGAUCUGACAGCGUAAGCAUGGUUGGGGGCUGAAUACCAGAGAUUAAAAGAACUGAUAUCUGCUGCUGUAUUAGCCUAAUAGCUCUUUAUGACUCUGUGCCUCUUUCAUUUAAGAUUGCUGACAUGUCAACCAAAUUGGAAACUAAAGGUAUCUUAACCAGAUGUUUAAAGGUGAUCAGUAACAGCCAGACAUUAGGAAAUUUACCAUUAAUUUAAUGUCCAGUUUAACAGCUCUUUUGGCAGUAUCACUUUAAUCCAUCAAGUUGUCGUGUUCCCUUUGAGGACGAGAAGCCUCUAUAACUUCACGGUACAGCUUAAUUUAGUUGUUGCCAUGCCUCUGUGUGAAAAAAUAGCAUCGGCUGUAUUGGCUCCCCACUGCUUCAGUUCUCUGUUUCCUCUUGUUAUUCUUGUUAAAUUGCAGUUGGCAUCCAACUCCCCCUGCUGCUGCUGAGUCAGUGGUGUCAAAUACUGGCGGUGUGCAGUGCAAGUGCCACCUCAUCCAACGCUGCUUUUGCUGACACAGUUGCGUCCACUGAUACUUGGAUGUUGAAGUUUCAGAUAACAAAAGAGCUACUUAUCGAAUCUGAAUGAUAUUUCAGGGGUGGCUAUGGUCCAUGUUGCUAUUGCACUCAGAAAGCCCAGAUCUCUGUCCAACCAUAUCCAAGUCAAGUCACAAAGUACAACUACUAUUUAGUCUGUAGAGAAUUUUUAAACCCAGAUCAACAAUGUCAAACUAAGGUAAUGGCUAAUAUCAUCACUGCUGCACUUUUACAUUGGAAAUACUUCAAGGUAAGGCUGGGCAAAAUGUUACAAGUGAAUUGAAACCAACACAAUUCAAUGAUUUUUAAAGUUUUUCUGAUUCUUUCAAUGCUUUUAAAAGUUCUUGUCAGUAUCUUCCUUACUUUGUGCAUUCAUUCACCGCCUCCUUUAAAACAUACCAACACGUGUGUCACAUGAUUCCACCUCAUCCAGUCUGAAAGCAUCACAAAGGCCAUCACAGUCGUCCAAUAACCGGAAGGUUGGCGGUUCGAUUCCCCCCUAUCCCUAGUCUGUCUGUUGUGUCCUUGGGCAAGACACUUAACCCACCUUGCUCCCAGUGUGUGUCCUCCAUUGGUGUGUGAUAGUGAGUGUGCUGUGUGGAGGUGGUUGGCGCAAACUGGCAGGCACGUUUCCGUCAGUCUACCCCAAGGCAGCUGUGACUACUAAGGUAGUUUAUCACCACCAAGGUGUGACUGUGUGAGCGAAUGAGUGAUGUAUCCAAUGUAAAGCGCUUCGAGGGUCUCUGAUAAAACACUAUAUGAAAUCUGAUGCAUUAUUAUUAUUAUUUUCUUGCCUGGGCUGGGAGUGACAUUCACAUUGAACAUUGAGGGAGUUUUACUCAUACAUGAGUCAAAUCUGCCAUUAUUCAUACAGCCUACAAACCUAGUCCAGAAUUGCCUGGUUGUUGGUCUGAUCAGGUUUAAAUUCUAGUUGACUCUUCCUGGACUCAAGCCUUAAUCAUCUCACAAAGUUUCAUAAUAAUAAACGAACAGUACAAUAAACAUGCAUUAAACAGGUAGUAAAUGUAGUUUCUAACACAACAACACGGGCUUCUUCAAAACAUUCAGCUAGCAAAGAAGCAGCUCAGAGAUGAGUCUGGGUGCCACAAGUCAGAAAACAGCAAAAAGAAAGAAAAGGGAUUUAGGGAUCCGGAGGUUAAGUGCUAUAAGUUCACUCUCCUAGUGCUUCCUUCCUUCCUCAGAGUAAAUCAUAGUUACACUUUCCAGUACCAGAACCACUAUCCCCAGGGUCUGUCAUUCAAAGCCAGCGACACAAUAUUACUUAACAUUAAAAAUUCCAACAGGCCUGUGGCUACUUCCCUCGUUCUGUCUCAGAGGGGAAAUAACGUUUAUGUUCCAGCAAGGAGAAGAUUUAAUGUUUUAGCCCUUAUGCGUGUAAUGUUCUUUUUUUCCCCCUACUCAUCUCCCCUGGUGCUCUUUCUUGGAUUCUACUCUCACUUAGGAGCCGUGUUGAGAAACUGGAGCACAACUUGUUUAUUUAUUUCCAUCUUGUGUUCCUUUCAUUUCUGGUAAGCAGCUUGCCUUAUUCUUUAAGUCAGUUGUGGUCAGGGGUUGUUGUAAUGGAAUUCCUCACUGUCACUGAGGGGUUGUUGGCCAAAGAGUACAGCUUUCGAUCACUACCGGGAGGUCUGCUGUUUAUGGAUGAGUGUGUGUUUAUUAGCUCAGCCGUGUCCCCCAGGGCUAACCUUGGCCUUUCUCUGUGGUUCCUCUGGUCCUUCUUCGUCAUGGCCAACAAAAACCACUGCUCAUAAACUUUCAGUUGCACUCCCAGGCCAACCAGAUUCACAACCUCCGUCCCUGAGCGCUCUGUUUAUGCAAGUUACAGUUUGCUUUUGGAGAAACUCUAAUGCUGAAAGAUACUUGAGAACCCUGUGCGAGAUUUGAUUUUCUCAAUGGCGCUAAUACUACUUCCUGUAGCUCUGAUCAAACUCCAGCAGCACUCAUCGCUUCCUUUCCUUUCCUUUCCUUUCCUUUCCUUUCGAUCUGUCUAUACAUCCUAAUUCUUCCUCCCUCUAUCUUUGACAUAAACAUCCUUCUUCCUCCCUCUAUCACAAGUUAUCGCUCCACUUUUGUUGACAGAUUGAAAGAGGGUGAGUUGUCCUCCUUGCUGAAAAGUAUUUUUUAGGGAUUUGCCAGCACAUGUUAAAAGGGGAUGUUUCACUUAAUCCCCCCUCCAUCCCCCCUUCUUCUCAUCAACCUCUCUCUGUCUCCCCCCUCCAUCCCGUCUUCUCUUAACUCUAGGCUGACAGCUUUUGUGCUGAAGUCCUUCGCUCAGUCUCGGGGUUUCAUCUUCAUUGACCCUGAGGAGCUUCGCGCAGCCAAGUCCUGGCUCAUCAAGCAUCAGCGAGAUGAUGGCUCCUUCCCCGCCAUGGGACGCAUCCUAAACAAAGACCUGCAGGUACACGCUUGUGCCCUGGUUCGGUUUAAAUCUUAGUAAACCACAACAGCAUCAGACUCCAUGAAGGAAAGAUCUAGAUGAAAAGGAGUGAUUUCUUAUUAAACCCUGAGAGUGGUCGGCGUGUACAGCAUUCCUGUGAUCUAAUGUUUCUUUAAACUCUGUGUUUAGUGUGUUUAGUGUGUCGGGUAUAAGAUAACUCAGACCACCAUCUAAGCAAGAUUAAAGAGAUCAGGAGAAAUAAAGGCACAAAGAUGAUAAAUAUUCUAAAUAUUUACACUCUGGGUAAAACUUAAGGCUUAGCUUUGUGUACUAAGACACAUACUCCCUUGACAGACAUUUUUCAAACAAUGCAAACACCAUGAAAUGAACAGCGGGCUAAUGUGUGAAUUUGGUGUUCACAGGGAGGGAUCCAUGGGAAGAUCUCACUCACAGCUUAUGUGGUAGCAGCUCUCCUGGAGACUGGGAUAACAACAGAGGUAAGCAGUCAAGCCGGAUAAUAGUUUGCAUUUGUUGCUUAAAACUAUUGCAAACUGAUCCAGUGUGCAUUUUAAGUGGUAUCUUUGGCCACUGUGGGAAAAAACACAGAAAACUAGUCUAAAAGUAGAAGUCCUUGCAACGUCUAUAUUGAUCAAAUGUCUGUGAUUUGACCAGAUUUUACCUGGAAAUCUGCUUCUUUCACAAGAUUUACAUCUUACAUAUUGUAUAUAAAAACCAAAUGACUGCAUCACUAUGAAAAUAACAGACCAGGCUGUUUAUAAUCCUACAGCCUUGGUUUUUAAAGCCUGUAGUCGAUUACUACUGUCAACAAUGGGUUUGUUCACACUUGUAAUCCUGUCAGAUGUCUGUCAACUGCUUCUGGGAGUUUUUCUACCUUCAAAGUCAGAGUUUCACAACCUAAGUGUCUGUGUAUGUGCAAACUCCUGCACAGCUGCUCCCUUUACAAUGUCUUUGAUUCUUCUUUAUACCACACAGCCCACAAACUGCCAUAUUUAUGAUUUUUGUACAAAAAUAGAACAUUUUAUAAUGACAUCUUUCAAAUAUGGGCAGAAUGUUUCUCAGAUGAAAUGAAAUCACAAGUUUUUCCAUCUUCCUUUGACCCCUUUAAUUAAACUUUUUUUUUUCAACUACAAGACAAAUGUUAAUUUUAAGGCAUUUAGAUUAUUCAAUGCGAUUAUAGUUGGUUGCAAACUGUUUGAGGUUAAGUCUUGGACUUCCAGAUUUGAUUUUACUUUGUUUUUAACCAAAUCUCAAUGUUGAAAUCGUAGUUAGCGGCAGAUCCCUGGUAUUUUAGUGUACUACAGACAUCAAGCUGGCUCCUCCGUCAGACCCAAAAGGCUUAUCAGUGCACUGCAGAUGAAGGAAAACUUGUAUUUGUUGUUUCUGUGAACAACAUUCAAAUGGCAAAGUAACACAAUGAGAAGAUGUUAAAUGAAAUGUACACUCAACACUGACAUUAAUAUUCAGGUCCCACUCAGCAGUUCUGAAGUCAGUUAGAUUACGUGGCAACCUUGGCUCCUUUGCAGGACAACUUCAGUGCUGGCUCUCCACCAACAAGGAGCUGAGCUGACUGGUCCACAAGGGCUAAUAUACUUAUUAUUGACAAAAACCUCAUACAACCCCUUUAAAAAAAAAGGAAACAAAAAACUAUCAAGUUAACAAGACAUGUAACUUAAGUUAAGUUAAAUGUGCACCUUAAAAUUUCGAUGAAUAAGACAGCGAGUGUCAGUGAGGAAGCUUUAAUGAAUAGAUAAAAGCUUAAAUCAUAAAAAGUAAAACCUGGUGCAGUAGUACCUGUCCCACUUGCACCUCAUACUCCUGCAGCUUUCCUACCAGCCUGUUGUGAAUUUAAAUACAGGUCGUGUGUGGACCUAUCUCUGCAUUCCUGAUAGCUGUGAAGAUGGAUGUGCUGGCAGUCAGCCUACUCAUAUUUGUUAUGCCCCAGUGCUUCUAAUCUAAUACCUAAUCAUGUUUUGGCCUACUUCAAAAGAUUUAGACUGACGUGCAAAGACAAUUAAGGGCUGGAAGAGACACCUCGGUUACAUUCCUUACUGUCUCCGCUCUGUUUUUAUCUGUGCUGCUCUGCUUUUCUCUUUUUUGGCUUUGUUUUUCUUUGCACCGUCACUUAAAUAAUCAAAUGCUGGCACCAUAUGUGCUUUUCAAUCAGUUAAAGACAUGAGAAAAGGGAAAGUUACAACACAAAUCCGGUGAUAUCGUCCUCAUGAAGCAUUGCUUACUCUGGCAAUGUGACAGCCACUAAACCCCUGAUUGUUUUUGCCUUUGAUCUCUCCCUUUGUCCACAUGGUUGACUCUUUAUUUAGCAUUUCCUCUCCCUGGCCCCUUCCCAUCUAUCUGCCCCAACCCCCCUUCACCACUAUCUCUCCCAGAGAGUUUUUUUCUUCUCGGUCUGUCCUUUUACAACUGAUAAAAACUGUACCCUUCACAUCAAAGCAGAACCUUCAACCCCCUCCAAUUUCACUUAAUUAAAAGAUGACUGCUGCAAUUACAGUGAGUGGCUCUGGAGGCCUAUCAUCUCAUGGAUGAGAGAGGAGGUCACAUCUGCAUGAGAUGAAAGUCAACUCUCAACUUUUUAAUGGCCAAAAUGAAUGUUUAUUCAAUAACUACAACACAGCUGAGGAGCAGUUGAACACUGAAAGAGCUGAUGCGGUGAUGAUGGCAUUUGUGUAAGUGUGUAUGUCAGGGUGUUUAGCUAUACCAUCUAAGAGGCAUGUCUGAUGAUCCUGAGGAGGAAAUGUGGGCGUUGCCACAGAGAAUACAGACUAGCAUAAAGAUUGAGAUUUCAAAGACUGUUGACAUUUUAGGGGGACACAGUUUUGGUUACAUGAUGUGUCAUUGGAGGAAACACAAUCUGAAACAGUUGUAAUAAGGGCAUAUUUACCAUUGAAUUCAAUUAGUUCUUUGAAAACACCCUGCAAAUGUUCAGGAACUGAGGAGACCAGUUUCUGAAGUUUUGAGGUGAAAUGUUGCUCUGCUCUAGCCUGACAUAAGAUUUAAGUUACUCAGCCGUUUGGGUCUACUUUGUCAUAUUUAUUACGUUGCAACAUGUCAGAUAAUAGGCAACAAUAGGCAGGCCUGUCAAGAACUCAGACUUUCUACUACAGAGCGGCAUUUUGCUGAUAUGUGCAAAAAAGGGAUGGGCGAUAAAUUGUCGUUCACGAUUUAUCAUCCUCUACGAUGAAUAUUGGCCAACUCACGAUUAAUGCAAUAAACGCAAGUUGAUUAUUUAAGCACGAGCAACAAACGCAUAGCCGUAGCCCACACAGAGCAGAAUAACAAACAAACAUGGCCGAAGGUGGUGAAGAUUGGAGCUUACAUGAGUGCAAUCAGGUAUUCCUGACAUCGGACAGUGGAUCUGCUGCUGCUGUUCACUCUGUCCAAUAAGAGUUUUGAAUGUAUGUUAAAAGUGUUUUCACAUUUUAGACGUGUUUAAAGUCUCUAGUUUUCAUCAUAACCUACCACUUAAACUUGUGGUUAAGUGUCUCAUUUGACUAUGCCAACGGGUAAGUGCCAUCCAAGAACAAUGUUUCCGGUUUCUCGAGACGAGACAGCAUGAGUCAAAAACAUGGAUUGGAACGAUAAUAUUUUAUCAGGACUUUUACUGUUAUCAUUAUGGGGAUCAAAUUUUUUAGCCCAUAUCGCCCAUCCCCAGUGCAAAAUGUAGUUUAGUAUCCUCUUGCUGUAUUAAGCAAGGUCUUUUAGAUGACAGCAUAUAUUGCUCCAAAGCCUGUAGUGUUUUUAUGGCUUGUGUAAACUAGCUAUGGUAUGGACAUUUACGCAGUCCAACCCUCUUUAGCAUGCAGUAACCAUUAUUUCCAAAAUGAGUGUCAGUAUGGUUUACCACUUCACCUCAGUCCAUCUUAAAUUGACUUGGUCCCAGAGAAGUUGAAAACAUUUCUUGGUCUUGGUUUCCUCUUUGCAUGGUACAGCUUUAACCUGCAUUUGUGGAUGCAGUGACAAACCGUGCUCACUGACUUUGGUUUUGGGGGUGAUUUUGAGCCCAUGCUGUGAUUCCUACAUGAUCUCAUACAUCUGUACAGUCCACAGCUAACAUGCCAGGCAUGGUGGGCGCAGACAACUGUACCUGCCAAGGAGAGCUAACCACUGACUGUGUAUAUAAUGGACAACAUUACUCUGUCUCCACCUAUUCUGAUAUGUGAAGCAAAAAAACAUCCAGAUAGGCACUGACAUAUUGGGUGCUUAUCAAAACGUGCUUUGAACUUAUCAAUCAAACAUUCAUGAUCUCAUACAUCUGUACAGUCCACAGCAGAACAGAUUCUUGCAUUGAUCACAUAUUCAUUCAUUCAUUCAUUUUUACCUUUUGCUUUAGGAAGAGAAGGUUGCAGUGGCCAAAGCCAAGGAUUUCCUGGAGAGCAACACCUACUCUGCUGAUGACCCAUAUACCACGGCCCUGUCUGCAUACGCCUUGGCUCUGCUACGAAGCCCUUACGCCCCGCUGGCUCUGCGCCGCCUCAACCACAUGGCCAUCACACAAGGUACUGUACAUUCAUUACUGUGUCACUGGAGGUGGAGUGAAUGCUGUUCAGUAACCUGAACAUCACAUGUUUUGCCAGGGGACAAAAAACAACCCAGAUUUUAGGUAAAUAUCACUGAUGAUUUGUUAAGAUGUGAAAUUAUGUGGUUUGAUUUUCUUCUCAGAUCUUUGCAACACUCGCAGUUUAAACAAGCGGUCAGCAUAAGUCUUUAUACAGAAACAACUGUGAAUAGAGGUGCUGUAGUCGUCAGCAGUGGCUCAGUUCACUCCUCCCCUUCCCUCUCUGUUUCUUAUCUCACUAUUGGUUUCCUUUGGCCGUUUCCUUCUCUUCCUCUGAACUGAAGCUUUUUGCGAGUUUUGGCAGAUUAGACAAGAAAUUAGGGGAAGACAAAAUUGCUUUUUUCUUUAUCACAAUAAUUUCUAUCCCCAAGUGCAAUGAAGACACAGGGUUUGGUUGCAUAGUUGCUAAAAGAUUCACACAGUUGGGACAUUGAUACAAUGAGUCACGGGAUACAGGGUGCCGCCCCUUCGCCCUCUCUGUCUCUGACUCACUUUGUUUGUUUUUUAGAUGGACUUACCCACUGGAGUCUGACUGGCAGCACUAUGACAGAUGAGGACACUUUUAUGGGCUUCAGUGAUGGCUUGUCUCAGUCAGGUACACACCGCAACUGUUCUAUUAAAUAUUAUCAAAUCAGCCGUUUAUCACAGGAGAGAGUUUCUGCCUCCUCCUAGAAAGAGCCAAUAUUGUCUGAUUUCCCACCAAAAAUACAUACUCCAAAACAUCAUAAUUGAUUCUUUCUUAUUACCAGUGGUGUCAGCAGAAGUGGAGAUGACAGCGUACGGUCUUCUCACCUACACCCUCCUUGGAGAUGUAGCUUCUGCCCUGCCUGUGGUCAAGUGGCUCUCCCAGCAGAGGAACGCCUUGGGUGGCUUUUCGUCCACACAGGUAUCACUUUUUUUCUUGUUUCUUUGUUUGUUGUCCCUCACAGCAUGAAGUCUUCCCUGACAGACUGCGGGGGAAAAGUUGAGUCUGCAGACGCUGAAGUGGAGGGUUUACAUCAUGAUUGUAGAUGAAGCAACAGGGACCUACGCUGUGAUGACAGCUGUACUUAUUUCUGUGAUCCUCUGUACUUAAAAAUGAAUCUCUGUUUAUAUUUUUAUUCUCCCUGUUAGAAGUCGCUCUUCCAGAUUUGUACUAGUUAUAUGAUGUAGUAGGUGUCAUCACAUGAGCUCACACCUACUUCACACAGAGAUUUUACAAGAAAACUUUGAGAUAAAGUGAAUACAGCUAAAAAUCAGUUAAAACUUGUGUUGAUGAAGAUAAUCUAUUACUACUACUAUUGUACAAACCCUAUUUCCAGUGAAGAUUGUGUAAAACGCCAAAAACAGAAUACAAUGAUUUGCGAAUCCUUUUCCACUUAUGUUAUAUUGAAUACGACACAAAGACAAGAUAUUUAAUGUUGAAACUGAUAAACUAUUCAAUCAUUUUGAUGUCUGCAACAUCUCCAAAAAAAGUUGUGCAAAGCCACAGUCGGCAUGUGUUACAACAGUGUGGUGUUGUAGUUUAAGAGCACAGGUACUGGAAGUGAAAAACACAAAAACAGAGACGCUGGACUGUUGAGCCACUGAGGUUGUUCAUCAAACAAGAAUGGGAAAGGAUUCACAUCUAAACAGUUAGUGUCCUCAGUUAGCAAACACUCAUUGAGUGUGAAAAGGAGAGGUUAUGUAAACACAGAGGUAAACACGACCCUGACCCAGAUUUAUAAAACAAAGAAAAUGAAUAAAUUCUAAUUGUUUGAACAUUAAAAAUCUUCUCUUUGUUGUGAAUUCAAUUGACUAUACGUUGAACAAAUCAUUGUUUUCUGUUUUUAUUCAGGUUUUACACAACGUCCAAAACUUGUAUGGAAUAGGGGUUUGCAGUAUUCAUAAUUAACACUGAAAACAGAUUUAGAGUUUUCUUUUCCCUCUGUACAGGAUACCUGUGUAGCUCUUCAGGCUCUGUCCGAGUACGCCAUCCUGUCCUACGUUGGGGGGGUCAACCUCACCAUUUCUCUGGCGUCCACAAACCUCGACUUCCAGGAAACAAUUGAACUCAACAGGGACAAUAAGAAACUCCUUCAGAGCGCUAAGGUGAGCACAAGAAUUAAAAAAAAAAAACAGUGAAUACUCUUUUCUCUGUGCAUAUGAAGAAAACUUUCUUAUGAACUGCUGACAUUAUUUGUCAAAGAUGCCAUCCCUACCAAAAUAAUUAUUUUGACCCCACCUGUGAUUACAAGUUUUUAGAAAAGGCAUUUCACCUAAAAGAAACCUCAGUUUUAAUGAAAGUCAGAAGUGCUCCCUGUUAGUACAGUGAUUUAUGAUAGCAGCAUGCACCAGAGCCACACUCUGGCAUUAAACAUUAAUCUCUGGGUUCCUACGUCCGGCUGUUCAGUGGCCAAGACCUUUUCUCACUGCCAAACCAAACUGGGCUUAACUGGGCUGGAUUUCCCAAAAACACCUUUUUGGUCUGUUGAUUUAAUAACUGUGUUUUAUUGGCCUGGUUGCCCACACGCUUCAUACUUGACAGUGUGGGCACGAACAACCUUGGCCUGGGCUCUGUGGCAUCAGGUCAGCCCUGCUGUGUGGGUAAAAGUGCUCCUGCAGACAGCCAGAGUGGUCCAGGUGAGGGAGCAGUAUGUUCUCUCUGCUGGGCAUGUUCCUCUGCUGUGAUUAGUGGUGUCAGCUUAAUUGGGGGCAAUUAAAGCCUGCUGGUUGGUAGCCAGGGGAGCACUAGUGGCAGUGCAGCAGUGUACAGCAUUCAUUCAAUUGAUAAAUGACUCAUUCUCUUCACCCUGCCCCUUCUGUCUCUCUGUUUCUGUUUCUUCUUCUUCUGUCUCUUAUUCCUCAGAUCCCCAGUAUCCCUACAGGCCUGUUUGUCAGCGCUAAAGGAGAAGGCUGCUGUCUUAUGCAGGUAUCGUACAAUUCAGAAGUCUCAUAAGAAAAUACAUUUGCAGUCUCGAACAUUGUUUGGAGAGUGUCUAAUGUUGUGCCAACUCUAUCUGGAAAAACGAAGGGUCUUUCUAGCUGCCCAAUGAUACCCAGAGUCUUCUCUGUGAAGUGGAGUAAUCUGCGAUAGUUAAAACUUUUAUUCUGGAAAGUCUUGAUUGUCCCCCUGGCCAGGAUGCUGUUUACUUUCUUUGUUUCAGACAAACAUAAAAAGUAGUAGUCUUUCUUCUCUUUAUUUGAUGAUAUUGUGAUCCUUAUUAUUAAUAUUCAUAUAUUAUGCUGCUUUUAAAAGGUUUACAACUUUGUUUUUUGGGAAUCCUGGCAUUUAGUUAUUUCUUGAGUUUCACUCAGGCGGCGGAUGUUAUGCUCUGCUUUGCGGUUCUUUAAACGUCUUCCAACUGGUUCACCUCAGUGGUUUUCUUACACACAAACACAGCGUUUCUUCACACUUCCAACCCUCGCUACUUUCUCUCCAUCCACACCUCUCUGUGCGUCAACACACCCCUUUGACAGACCCUCAGGCCAGCAGCACCUGGGCUCAAAUGCAAGAGCAGGGCAAUCAAAGAGACCUGCCUGAGUGUGUGUUGUAGACAUACUCUAUGUGACGAGUAUUUGUCCUGUGCCUCAGGUUUAUCAUUAAGUAGCUUUGCAGAGGGCUCCAAUAAGCUCGGAUGAUUUAUUUAGAAAGUACUGGGAAUAAUAAUCUGUGAAGUGAACGAGUAUCAAAGCCAUAAGUCCUGAGGCUGAAAUAGUAGCCUUCUGAAAGUGGCUGAUAAAUAAGAUUUGUGGUUGAUUCUUUUAAGAACUGCCCUCGUCUUCUAGACUCGAAGUUCUAACUGUUUGAACUCAAGCUCAGAAGUUUCCUUUUAGUGAGGCCAAAAAUUAUAAUUCUGGGUUUUUAAAUAUCCUUGAGCUAUUGUGAGGAGAAUUGAGAAUACUAGUCCAGGAGUUUUUACAAACUGAUCGCUAACUCAAAGAGGUCUCUAGUUUUGCAGGUCUGCUUUCUUAAAACUCACAUUGAAGCUCCUGAGAAGAGCUCUCUGUAUGGAAAGAGGAAAAUCCCUGUUGGAAAAAAAGGGAUACCUCUUAAAGUUCAGGCAUUGCAUGGGGUGUAGAUGUCAGACAUGAGCAAUCUUGUUUAAUAAUUAUGAUCUCAGUAUCAACCAAAAUAUCUUGGAUAUGUUUUUUGCCCAUAAUCGAGUCUUUAGAGAGAGGAAAUGAGGGGCGAGAGAGAAGGUGGGUUACAUGCACCCAUUAGUUGAGAUCAGGAAUCAAUCCUAUGAUCAGUGGGAGAGCUCUACAGCCAUUGAGCCAAACCAGUGCCAGGACAGUUCGUUUUUUGGGGACCAUGAAACAGUCUUUUUUAUAGAUUUUGUAUUUCACUGAAAAAGCCAGGGUAUCAAGGAUGAUGGAUGAUUAUACCGAUCAAUCUGUUUUUGUUUUCAGAUCGAUGUGUCUUACAAUUUACCCGAUCCAGUAUCCAAGCCGGCCUUCCAGCUCAAAGUGGACCUGAAAGAGCCUUUCCAGGAACGACACCAGCAGCCUCCCUCUUCACCAAAUCCUCGUCAUCCAUCCUCACGUUCUCGGAGCCGUGCUGACAACCGUUCUGAGCUUAACCGCAAGCGGCGUGCUCCCAUCGACGAUGACGACCCAGCGGCCUAUCAGGACAAAAUGGACUUUCACAUCUCUUUGGAAAUCUGUGCCAGGUAGAAGAAACUCCAAGUAUAAGUAAAACACAGAUUUAAAGCUUCCAUCCCUCAUUUUGAUCUCUCUGUCCAGGUGGCUCCAUUCAGGCUCGUCCAACAUGGCCGUCAUUGAAGUCCCGAUGAUUUCUGGUUUCCGAGCAGACGUCGAAAGCCUGGAGAGGGUAUGUAACCACAUUAUUACUGUUUACACCAAAGAGGUUUUCAGACACACAGACACCAGUUGUUAUUGUCAGUUUAGGUUAAUAUUAUCAGUGUUUCGCAUUACGACAUUACAUGUUGUCAGAAAGGUGCCUCAACUGAGAGGCAGGGAAAGAGAGACAGAUGGGUCAACAUCUGGCGUAUACUUGCUGAAAAAGCAGUAUGUCAUCAAAAACAUCAGAUUCAUAUGUAAUCACACUCACAAAUAUGUAUCACCUAGUUACCAGAGUAAACAAACUCACACAUACUUAGGAUUGGGAUAUUAAUUCUGGGUGUUGGAGGGUGUAAAUAUUUAUCUGAGCGGAAAGAGUCAAGUAUCGCCCGUCAUUCUUUCCACUGAAGUUCCUGGACUGAGCACAUCCUUAAGAUUCCCCUCUUGUGUGACCAGAUCCUGACUGCUGUGUGUUACACACAUGUGCAGUGAGAUAAUGUUUCAUGUGUGUUUUUGUGUGUGUCAUAGUCUCGGGAAUAGUCAUAAAGGUGAGAAUCCUUUUAAUGGUGUUUUUUUAAGGUAUGAUAGGAGAAGGAUUGACCAGGUUAGGCCUCUGUGAAGUUGCAAAGUCUCAGGGUCAGAGGCCAUUUGACCUCUUUUGGGACCUCUUCACAGAUAUUGGUUUGCUGAGUUAAACAUGUGUAAUUAAUGAUUGGCAACAGAAACCGAAGGAUAUAUUUGAAUGAUCAGAAGAUUGGACUUAAACAAAUGACGGGAUGGGCAAUUGAAUAAUGUUUCACUUAUUGUGAAUGAGAGAAAGUGAUGUAAAAUUGAAGGUCGAGAUCCAGGUCAGCUCCCCAGCCACCCAACAGAAGCCUGUCCCUCAUUACUGACAAUUAUAGGGCCUCCGUCUGCAGGCUUCCACUUUUAAAAGAGCCACCACUCUGGCUACCUGGGGAGAUGUUAAACUCUCGCACACACAUCCAUACACAAAAACACACAUACACUGUGAGUGUGUUGAUCGAGGCUGACCUGAGUUGCAGUGGCUAACAAGCUCAGUUUACACCCCUGCUGGCCUCCCUUGGAGUUUUACUGCUGCCUGCCCAACUGCCACUUGCAUUCCUCAAUUUAUGAUGGCAAGUUUGGCUUCUGCAGUCAUGUCUAGAUGCUUUCAUGGAAGCUGAAGUAAUGAAUGAUUAUUCCACUGACUGACUGGAAGUUACCACAGCCUCUUAUCACCCAAUAUAAUGAGCUUUAUUUAACAGCUGCGGACACACGGUACUUAUAACAUUUUAGCUUUUGGGAGUUCAUUGGCAAAGUUAGCUGCUAGAUAGACAAUACUUUUUGUAAACAGACGACAACUUGUCUAGUGUGUGCAUCUGUGUGUGUGUGUGUCUCGGUGGCGCCAGCUCAGGCUGAGCACCUCAUAAACCCCUGCUCUCCGAAGGCUACCACCUUUGACAGUAUGAAAACCCCCCCAUGGGGCAAAUUUACUCUGCUGGCUCUCGAUCCACAACAUCACAUUUGCAGCAAACAGCUUCCUUAUUACUCAUUCAUAAACUCAUACACUCACAAGAUCUGGGCAUGCGUGUCCAACCCAACUAUACAUUUGUGCACAAGGUACGUAAAACAAAACAUUCAGUAUAAAUCACCGAUCAGGCAGUCACUUGAGGCGAGCUCAGAUCCAAAUGACCUGUAGCAUCAUAAGGUCAUGUUAACUACAGUAUUUGUUACAUGUUUAUUACUUUGUAAAUAAGCUUUAUGAAUAUAAUGACAGUAAACCCUGUUAGCAUGAGACUGGGCCAUCCAUUCCACUACGGUGCUGAUCACUUUUUACAUCCAAUUUUACGCAGUUCUCAGUUAAGCCUAGCCUUUGUGCAGUGUCGUGUAUUUGUAUUCGUAAUAAACUAAAGAUGACUUGUGUUUUCAUUUUUUGUCAGCACCAAAUCAUUGCCCCCUGUAAUGAUAUGAUACACUAUCAAACAUAAUGUUGGUAGGAAUGAACAUGGGUAGAUAUACUCACUCAAUUCAACUCAACUUUAUUUGUUAAGCACUUUAAAACAGCCACAGCUGAACAAAGUGCUGUGCAUAACUAGACAAAACAACAAGAUAAAAAACAAUCAAAAAACAAUUAAAACAAUGGAUAAAAUAAAAGCAGAAUUAAAAGUAAAAUAUAGUUUCAAUGUUUUUAAAAACUAAUUUAAAAACAUAGAAACAAAUAACUAAAAACAAACCAUAAAACACUAAAACAGGAGCCGAGUCUCAUGCAGGGUUAAAAGCCAAUGAAUAAAAAUGGGUUUUAAGACGACUUUUAAAAAUGGACAGUGUGGGGGCUUGUCUAAUUUGGAGGGGUAUACAAGGCAAACACCUCAGAAAUGCAUGUGAACUAAAACUACAGAGUUUUUGAAUAGUUUCCCCCUCUAAUCCAGCACAAGUUUCUUUUUUUCUUUAAAAAACCUUAUGUGUAUUUUCUCCCUCCCUUUCAAUAGCUGCUAAUGGACAAACGAGUGGGUCUGAAGAGAUACGAGCUGAAUGGGAGAAAGGUGUUGUUCUACUUCGACGAGGUGAGUUUGAUCCAAGUUUCUCCAUGUUUUCACCAUCCGAAGUGGGGCAGAGCCUGAGAGAGUUAUGUAAAAGUUGUGUUGUUGUGCAUAUUUUGACCCAUAGGCAGUUAUGUGUAUCCGGCUGUUUUUGCACCAAUUCUUUAUGUGUUUGUAGAUUCCCAGCCAGUGUAUGACGUGUGUGGCCUUCCAGGCUGUCAGGGAAUACAUUGUGGGCAAGACAGCACCUGUUCCGGUCAAGAUCUAUGACUACUACGAACCAGGUGUGCCUCUGAUGAAUAUUUUUAGUACCGGUGUUUAAAGAGAUGCAGAGUAGGAAAACUGUCUCACUGGCUGUGAUUUAUGAAGUGGCUUCUUUUUUAGUGGAAAUGGGAAAGUUUAUGACCUAGUUAUGGUAAGCCUAAUCAUUGUUUUGUGUGUGUGUGGAUGUGUGAACGUGACGCUGUGGGUCUGUGCAUGUUGUGUAGCUUUUGAGGCCACCCGUUUCUACAACGUUAGUGAGAGCAGUCCGCUGGCACGGGAGCUCUGUGACGGACCAACUUGCAAUGAAGUGGAAAGUUCAACCAGCCAGUGGAUAGGUGAGACUGCUGCUCCAACCCUGAUGAUUCACGGAUGUACAACUUAGACUCAUCUUACCAAAACACUUUUUUUUUCCUGCAGGUUUUGUGCAGGCAAACCAGUGCAACAACGUAUUUGGCUGUCUGGAGGAGGAACAGUUUGAGCGUUGCACUUGCUACAGGGACUGUGGUUAUGAUGGGGAGCCAGUUUGUGGGUCUGAUGGGCAGCUCUAUCAGAACCAGUGCCAGAUGGAGGUGUUUGCCUGUCGGAAUGGGACACGCAUCAAGCAGGUUCCUCUGUCCCAAUGUCCUCACUGUAAGAGUUCUUAAGACUUCACGACUCUCUCCUGUUGCUCAUUGCACUUCCCCAACCUGGUUUUAAACCUCUAGCUGUCUUUCAGGUUGUUUAGUUUUCACAUUGGGAAAGCUGGUUAGAAAUCAAACUGAAAUUAUAACUCGAUGCUCCUUAAUGCCCCUGUGUCCACCAAUGAUGUUUUUUGUUCUGAAAUAGUGUUGUGUCGUUCACGAAAGAUUGGUUCAAAAGAACCGAAUCUUUUAAGCGAACGUACUGAACCGAAUCACUUCCUGGAGUGAUUCAGUUGAGCUGAAGUGAGAAACAGCAUUUCCAGGCUAGCAGCCAGCGAAUGAGGGACCACACGCCUGAAUCACUUGGUGAACGAAUCACGCAUUGAACUACAUUCUCUUGAAUCAUUUUUGUCGGACAAAACAAACUUUUUUUUUUACUGCUAAAUUGCCACCACAACAACUUGCAUACAAUAGGACACAGCAUGUAACAAGUAGUGCAUUAAACCCGCAGCAUCCAAUCACUGCAGCAGUUUGCAAGGGAACGGUGUAUGUUCAGUGCGAAUUCUUCUAAACGUUCAGUGAACGAAUCACUCACUGAGCCCAAUUUACCGAGCAGACCUGAUAAAUAGCAUACCAUAGGACAGCACACUUAAAACAUCAUGACUUAUAAACAAGUUCAUUUUUAUAAACCUGUUUGCCAAAGUAACACAGCUUAACACUCUCAUCUCCCGGUCCCAGAAGCUUUGAAUUGAACUGAAUCCUGAAACGUUCAGCUGUGUAUCAGUUCAGGAAGUCGAAGUCACAGGCUGCUCCCGCCAAAUUCGCUGAUUCAGUGAACGGAUCUUUUGAACGAAUCUUUUUAGUGAACUGAUUCUUGUGAUUCAGUACAUCUAAAAGAACUGCCUUGCCCAUCUCUCCAAAAAUUGCCUUCGGUGUUAGCUGUUUUUUGUCACUGCACUCUGAGCAUUAUAAGUCAAAAAUAGUUCAACUAUUUCAACUACUGCACUUACCAAUGUCACUUUCUCCUCACCAGCCAAUCAGAAUUAAGAAAAGGACUUCUGCAGCCAUUUUUUAAACAAAGAUAGAACAGAGACUAAUUAGCUUUAAUUUCUCUGUGGACAUCAUUUCCAAGAGUGGAGCUGCUGCUUAUGCAAGGACACAGUUCUCUCUUUUUUAGAGAGAGUUUCUUUGAAGAAAAGCAAAUAUUAAGUAUACAGCGUGAACAAUAAAGAGCAGAAUAGCUCUGAAAUUGAGAUUGUAAGUGCUGUCUGAAAAUGCUAUAAGUGGACACAGGCUCUAUUGCCUGACAAGACCAGCAGAAACUAGUUGAAAACUUUUGUAAGUUGUCCUUAAUUUCUAUAACUGUGGCCAGCGAGGUGUCAAAGACAGUGAUGGACUGCUCACUGCUGUAACAGCUUGUGUUUACAUUUCAUGGGCAAAGAUUUACUGUCAGUUAAAAAGAGAGCAGGGGGUGAUUACACCUUCACAUGUUCAUGACAUGAACAACAAAAGACAAGAGUUACAACUCUCUCCGAGAGGGGGUGACAAAACCAGUGCAACCUCUAAAUCCCCUACAGGAGCUUCAAACUGUGAAAAACUGCCUUGGUAAAUUAGCAUUAACAUUGUAAAUAUAGAUGAGAUUUCAAGCAGAGAAACAGCGUGUCAUAUAUAUUUCUGUUGCUAAUGAGAAAAUGUUCAUGUUUGGAGGUGUCUGAACAGGGCAAAUACACAACAGCUGCCACUUAUGAAACUGACAGGAGGACUGGGAACUUUUUACAGGUCAUUCAGAGAGUUUCUCGAGACGGGAAAAGCUAGCAUGCUAACUUGCACUCACACCUGGACAUGUCAGAAAACUCUGUUCAACUUUAUGGGACAGUAUGAUUUAGAUGUACCACUUUUACUUUCUUGAAAAAAAGCUUUCUCUUUCAUUCCUUAAAUUAAAGUGAGUUUGUGAAAUUUUGGGUCAGGGUUAGAGCUGGUAUUCACUGACAAGAAAUUUUUUCCAAAGCUUAUUCUCGCAGUUCACUCCUUAUUUGUGUUAUCUCUUGACAGUUCAUAGAAAUUAAGAAUAUAUCCAGACUGUUUUUCCCCUUCAGAGGAAUUAAGUAUGUGAAUAAGCGUUUGUGUUUUCAGGAUCUCUUGUGAUCGUGUGUGUUUUAUUGGAUGCAGUCAGUCUCCUUUGAUGUGUUACAGUCUGAGUGUGUUAUCGUCAGUAUGCCCAUUGUUCAUUUAUCUGUGUGUCUGUUUGCACGCACACGCACGUGUGUGUGUAUGCUCAUCUGUGUGCUGUGAUCUGAGCUGCAGAAACAGCUGUUCAGGUGUUGAGCUGAUUACUAGAUGAGUUUUCUGAGGAGAGCGACCCACCGCACCCCCUCACCCCCCCUUCGCUCUCUGCUGUAUUACAGGGCUCUCUCCAAAUGACAGAGUGCUUUUGUCCAGCCCUUUGAAAUCCUUGUCACAUUCCUUUCCGACGCACAGCCCAACAACAAAGGAGCCUUCAUGUUGCAGAGCAGAUUGGGAAAAAGCAUAGACAAAACUUUGGUGGGAAAAGACCUCAGUUUGUGCCAAGUGGUUCAUGCUGUAGAUUAUCAAAAGAAUCGUAUUUUUGUUUCAUGCUCCCCGACCUUGUUUGUUUGUGUAUGUUUGUGUGGGGGAGAUUCCUGCCACAGUUUUCCUGUUUUGAAAGGAAAAAGAUACAAUUUGUUUCCACACACGGUCCUUCUGGCUGCUAUUUUUGGACUGAUUCUGAUGCAGGCCUCUGUUGAGACUAAGUGCACAUCAUUAUUUUGCCAAGAAGUGUUGCGCAGUGGGCUGGAUAAUGCUUCUGUGUUGUAUUUAGAUUAUGCAACACUGAAACUCUGUUGAUUUCAUUGCUACUUCUCUAGUGGGUGUUGUGGUAGCCACAUAAUUGUGAAUAUUCUAAGGUGUGUGUUUUUAUUUUCCAGUGGAGACCACGUUGGAGGACAGGCAUCUAAUAACACGACAGGAAACUGAGCAGCCCUCGGUGCCUGUACACACAGGUAACUCUAAAUACUGCUCCUUUCUCUCAUCAUACACCUAUCCAGCCCUCAUGCACCUCACUUUUUUUUCCAGCUUUCUGCUUUUUCUUACUUUCUUUUCCCCCCUCAUCUGCCUGCAAAGGCGAGCAGCAUCUCCUGCCCAUGGAGGACUUUCUCCUCAACAGCUAAAGCACAUAUUCUCAGUCAGCAGUAUGUUAUACCUGCUGCUACAGUUUGAUUGUUUUUGGAAUCAAUGAGUCAAUCUGGGCCCCCGUGUCAGCAAAACGUGGGCUUUAGGCGCAUCAUUUGUCAUUUGCAUAGAGCACUUUCAUUAUACUCUGUGUGUGUGUGGGGGGACAGGAGUUGACAAGGGCGGAAGGAAGAAAGAGUGAGAGACAAAGAGAUGAAAGGGUACAUGGGGGAUGUGGAGCUUGGAAAAAAAAGGGAGUGAGAGAGUCAAAGAGGGAUGAGCAGAGGAAAAGAUGAAAGAGAGAAAAAAAGGGGGUAGAAAAAAAAAGAGAGAAAGGACAAGAAGAGGGAAGAAGAUAUGUAGGCAGGGUGUGUGGCAGAACAUUCCCCAGCCACCACAUCAUGUCUACAACCGGUGUGAUAAAUAGGUGGAUAGGUUUUCGCACUGCAGGCUUGAUUGUUGCUCUGCCAUGAGCUUGGAUCCGCUACUACUUUCAGAAAGAGCAGCCAGGAUUCCUGUGAGGAAGUUUGGCUGCAUGUGGAGGGAGGAUGUGGUUGUGUCACAUUUGGCAACAAAAACAUUAAAGGCCCUGUGGUUAUUCAGAAGGUUGCAGAAGCGUGCAUGAUGUACACACACAUGCUACAUGUGCGUUAGUUGCGUGCAGUUUUCCUGAUAUGCAACAUUAAGGUCGACUUAUGUGAAUGUUUGACUUGUGUACAGGUGUGUGUGUGUGUGUGUGUGUGUGUGUGUGUGUGUGUGUAUGUGUGUGUGUUAUGUGGCACAGCUUGCACUGACUUGUUUCCCAGCCUGCAGCUCCCAGUAGCUGCUGCUCACAAAGCUGCUCUCAGUCAAAGGUCUCCUUAGUACAAAAGCUAACACUUCACACUCACCACAGGAAUGCUGUUAUGUUCACACACACACACACACACACACACACACACACACACACACACACACACACACACACACACACACACACACACACACACACACACACACACACACACACACACGUAUAUAUCUUUAUAUGCUCACACUUACACAUGUUACAUGCUCACACAGGCAAAUAUAUCCGCCCACUCUCAAAACACACACACACACACACACACUUAGAAUAUGAUAACCCUGGGAUGAUUAGAUUGAAUAAGUACUGUGAAAACACUGUCAUUGUAAACCAUUAGAAUGUUGACGACAUGCCCGCUAAGUGCACUCAGAGUGUAAUGGGUGAAGCUGGGCUGUGCCAAGGAAAUGACAGUUUCCACUGGAACAGUGGAGGAAGCUGAAGCUCAGGAAUUAGCUUCCCUGUGCAGACUUGUCUUAUGAGUGAACUCUUCCAGAGAUCAUCUUACGGUGUCAGGGUUACAGACUUACAGACUUAAUUUAAAAUGAAAUUUUCGUUUUUGUUUUUUUUACUUUGCAAUUUACUUACAUUAAUCUUUAAAGGUUCUGUUAGAAAAAGGAAAUGUGUUGCAAAGUUAGGAGUGUUAAGUGCAUGCAUCUGUGAGUGUGUGUGUGCGUGUUUUAAUUCCCACAAUAAAGCUCAAACUUUAAUGAAGUAAUAUAUGAUAGGACUGGACUCACACUCACUAUUCGGCGAAGUAAGAAACUAGUUUACACUUUUUGGGGGUAAAGUGUGACUUUUAAGAAGCAUGCCACAAUUUGUGAGAAUGCAGCAGUUUAGGCAGAGGGGGACCCCUACUGUCUGUGAUGGGGAACUGCAUUAAAAGCCUCAAAUUUACAGGUCAUUUGCUGCACACUGGAGCAAACAAGAAAUGUAAAAAAUACAAUUAACCCACUAAAAUUUGUAUUUAAAUAAAUUAAACUAAUAACGCUUAAACAAAUAAUUUUAGAUGUCAAAUGACUGUCUGACUGUCUGUUGCAUGGUUUUGACAUAAUUGUGCUAUAAGUGUUACUGGUUAGUAACAUACAGUAACGUAUGUUUGAACACUUGAUAAAGUCAAGUCAAGAAAUCUUUAUUGUCCCCGAGGGGCAAUUUGUGGUGCAGCCAGCAGCAAAACAGAGGCAACAUUAAAAAUACACAGCAGUAACAUGACAGGUUAAAAAGGGUUGAAAAUAUACAAAACGACAAUACAUAAAGUGCAAUACCACGAUAAGGGACAGAAGAGAAGGAGUAAAGGGACCACAGUGCAUGCUAACUGGUGUUGUUCAGGAGGCCAAUGGCCACGGGGACCCAAGACUUUUGAAGUCUGUUUGUCCUACAUCUUGGCAUUAAAAAGAAGUUGCCUUGGCAUUUGCACAUGCUAACCAGAUCAGAACCUUAACCAAACGCACACUUUUUUGUCACUGACAGAAAAGGACAGAAAAUUAAAACUUCUGCUGCAUUUGUUUAGCUUGGACUCUAUGCAUUCUUUUAGUGGCUGAAUUUGAAUGCUGCCGUCACAUUUUUUUUUUUUUUUUACCUUGCCCUACAGGUGAAGAGGAGCAGGGUUCCAUGGCAGAGGUGUCCUACUACUCCUAUGAAUAUGACCCGGACUCUGAGCCUUUCCUUGCUGACGCAGAUGGAGGUGACCAGUUUGACCUCCCUGCGGGGGUAGAGGAUGUAGAGCAGAAGGUUGUCCUGCCGGCAGAUACCCAGAUUUCCUCAACGGACACAAAGAACAUCCCUGAGCGAUGGUACGGACUGGGACGUUAAUAUUUUUGUUCGUCAUAUGUAGGAUUUCUGGAUUUGGACCAUAUCUCAAAGUAUUCUGAUUACAGAGAUAUAUUUGAAGCCUUUGAUGAUCCUGAAUUGAAAAUGUGUCCUGUUUUCUUGUUGUCCACAGAAACGCCUAAAGACUGAAGCCAUACCCACCUCUAAAUUGUACAUUAUUUGUGAAUAUGCUAGUGAAUGGAAAGAGAAGAGAGUCCUGUGACUCGUCCUGCCUGACAGGAAGAGAUGGUGGAGUCUGGAGAAUGAGAAAGUGACUGUGUGAGUGUGUUGAGUGUGUUGAAUAGAGUCUGUGUGGAUGCAUUUAUACCUAUGGCUGUGUGGUUAGAUGUGACUGUGUAUGGCUGCUGUAAGUUAGUGUCCUCCAGACUUUUAGUUUUCUUCUUCCAGACUCCUAGUCACCAAUAGGCACCAUAGCGUCUUUGUUAUUCACUGUACUGCCUUUAUAAUCACUAGAAGAAAUAAUCAAGUAUUUAUGUUUGUAAUUACACCUGACUUUAAGCAAAAUAUUUUGUUAUAUUUUCUAUCUGUGGUAUUUAUUUGUAGCUAGAGGUCAUAUCAUUUUAUUUUUGUUUGCUCGCUUUUUUUUAGUCUACUCUUACUUUGUGGUUUGUUGAGUUCAAACAGAGGAGAAGUGCUGUCAAAGGCAUUUUAUUUUUCUCUUUCAUAGCAAGCUUUAACCCAAUCACUGAAAUGUUUGAUGAAAUUCCUGUGCUGGUACCCUGCUGUAAAAGACAUAUGUUAACCAUAUGCUUUACAGAAACACGAGCUCAAAUGUUUUUCAUUUUUUAGAUAUUUUGGGCUUUUGCCUUUAACAGACAGCACAGCACAGCACAGCAGAGACUGACAGGAAGAAUGAGGACAGAAGAGGACUGACAUGAGGAAAGAAGAGAACCGACAUGUAACAAAGGCCUCUGGCCGACUCGAACCACAAACCUGACCGUUACAAGAUAAGUGUGUAUGGACUACUGGAAUCCAACCAAGACACCAACAACAUCUACUCUCAAGUCACCUUUCACCUUACCUACCUUGAGAUUUGAUUGUACAGUUCAUAAGCUAUUUUGUUUUUUUUUAAAUUUUGAUUCGUGAAGCAAUCAAUUGAAAAAUCAUGAAGUUUUUAAUUAAUGUAAAUGGACCAAAUUUGAUCAAAUGUAGUCCCUACUCAUUUUCAAAUAAUGUGCUUUUUAAAACAAACAAGAAUAAAAUUUGUAUACAAUCCAAGACUU